GAAAGCGUUCGGCGGAACGGGAGCUGGUGACGUUCCACCCCCCCUCCCGUUCCCCUUUUCAUUGAGCAGAAAUGGACAUUACGAGCAAGCCAUCUCUAGCUACCGACCGAUGACACGGUGGUUAGAUUUAUUCGCUCUGUGCACCCUGUUCCGAGCGGUGGCAGUUACUGGCAGCUGAUCGCCCUGCGGAUGCCCAUCUCCUUAGCUGCCAUAAGCGACCACUUGUCAGACCGUGAUGCGGACGAUUUUGCAGUGACCUCGGAUAGAUCAGUGUUGCUCCCUGGCAGGCUUUUUAGACCCAUGUGCGCGCGCGCUGAGAUCUUGUUAGGCUCUGCGCGUGCUUUAAACCUAGCGGGGGAGGGGUAGCUAGGUAGGUGAUCUUCAAAGAUCCGUGGUGCGCUGGGCGGCUCUCGGCAGUACCAAUCCGGAGGUGUGUGUGUACGCGCGCGGGCGCGUUCUCGCCAGGGUUACCUGUUGUGAUUUCCCCGUAGUCAUAUCACAGAUACCGAACGGUGGACCUUGCUCCCUGCAAUCGCUCCCUACUGAUAGAUAGGCUUGGCCUUUGCUCGUUAGCAUCAGACAUUGCGAGGGUGGGUUUUGGUUUUUUGCAUUUAUUUUUUUGCAUUUUUCGCCCAUGCAGCGGAGCGGACCUCCCGAGCUCUUGUGCCGGAAGGAGAGCAGCUGCUAAGCUCGCGUUUUUCCGAGUGGGGGCGCCGUUCCGCAAGCGGCUCCUUCCCGGAGCUUGAAUGCAGUGAGGAGCCUGGGAGGCUGCUGGGCGGGCCCAGCCGUCGCAGCUGAUGCUCUCUGAGGUCACCCGCUCGGCUCAUCCCCGCGUCCGCCACCGAGCGAGUCUUCUCGCCGAGCUGCUGCCGCUCUUCUGGGCUUGGAGAAGGGGCUGAUCCGGGGCUGGAGAGUCGCGGUGGGGAUGGUGCUGCUUUUUCUCCCCCUUUCUAACCCCGAUGUUUCUUCCUCUGGCCGGGGCGUUGCGGGCUCCUACCUGGGCAGGGCUGGGCAGGGCGCUUGAAGCCAGCCGGGGCUCGCAGCAUCGUCCCGGGCUCCGCAUGAUUUAAAAGCGAAAUAAGACGUCUGAAGCGAAUCCCGUCCAGGCUGCCUUUGUCUUUGGCCGGGAGCAUGUGGGUGAACCCGGAGGAGGUGCUGCUGGCAAACGCCCUGUGGAUCACGGAGAGGGCCAACCCUUACUUCAUCCUGCAGAGAAGAAAGGGGCACGGAGGAGAUGGAGGCAGCGGAGGGCUAGCUGGUAAGGGGGCGAAGAGGGCUCCGAGGCGGGAGGGGGAGAAAUAAGGGGCAGAAUUGCUCAGUUUGGAUCUUUUGGGGUGGGGGAUGCUGCUAGUGCUAUUCUUUGGUGCGUUUAUUUACAUGCCAUGUCCACGCCUGGUGUCUUGAUGCGGGGUCUGCAUUUGCAACAGGUGUGUGCAUUUCACUUGAAGGUAUACUGUUUGUGUGUUUGGAAAUCCAGGAUGCCAGUUUUUCUUCAUGUAUCUAUAUUGGCUUGCUUAGGCUUUUAUUAUUGUGUAUGGAUGGCUAUAUUCACCUGCAUGUCAGUACUGCUGGGGUUGGCAGAGUCUCUACUGAUUACUGUUUCCUACAUCCUUGUGCAGAAGACUUAGAGUGGCAUCCCAGAGUCCUUUGAAAAUUGCAUGAAGGAAGAUUACUAAUAGCCCACACGGAGAAGUUUUAGGCUGCAGUUCUUGCACCAUUUCUUGCCAGUAAGUCCCAUUGGACUCUGUGAGACUUACUUCUAAUCAGCCAUGCAUAGAGCAGAGGUAGAUUGAUACCUUUUGUAACUUACCUUCAAAGAAAUUCUGUGAAGGCCACUCAAUUGUUAUUUUAGAUAUGUUAUACUGGGAGUGAAAUACAGCGAGAGUGAAAUAAUUUAUUCACAGGAGCACAUUGCUUCUGUCUUGCAUCAAGAAAAAAAUUAAUUCUGAGCCAUCUGGCUCAAAAGAUCUCGAAUGGUUUACAGCAGAGUGUCACAAAUUAUAGUCUGUAGACCACAAGCUUCAUUCAGGUGGAAUAUAUGAAAUACAAAAGAAGCAAUAAAAAUACAAUUUAAAAACCAGCACCUAUUGCAUCAUAUUAGAAUUGCUGCAACAGGCAUGAACUCAUUAAGUGAUCUGCCAAGACUCAGUGGUCUGUGGGACGGAAAGUUUGGGAAGCACUGAUUUAGGGCAUGUCAGUUUCUGUGGCCUACACCAGUAAAUGUGUAACUUGAUGAAUCUCAUUUCCUCAUCUCCUUUUGCACUUCACUAUUUCAGUGAAUGAGUUCCUCACCUACACCUAGCUUGGUUAGAGCCAGCCAACCAGUCCAAAGCUGAAACUGAGUUGAACUGGACUUGCCAUUCUAGAUAACUCCUUACAAUUUAAUAUGACAGUUUGAAUGUUUUAAGUGUAGUGGUUGUAAUUGUGGUGUCUAUUAGCCAUGUAUGUUUUUUGUUGCUAGCAUUGAUCAUCUGGAAAUAGUGAAGAUCAGGCAAGACAACCAGGAUUCAGCUUUUUAAAAUUUUGUUUUACAUGUGCAUUGUCACUGUGUUUUAUAUGGCUAUCCUUGGUUGUAAUUUGGGUUGAAUUACAAUACUGGCUGCAAGGCUCUGAUGGCAACUGCAAAACGUAAUGUCUUAAUUGGCACGAAAGGAAUAUAAAACCAGGAUGAGGGUGGGGAAGAUCCUAAAGGAAUUUUAAUCCUGUAGCACUACAGUGUUGACAAUUCCAUCAUUCCCAAAAAUGGUUGUGCAUCUCUUUCUCUCCUAGUCUAAGGUUAUUUUUAGGAUAUUUUGAUUCAAGUGUCCUAGAAAGCUUUUGCAGCAAGGCUCUUCCAUUAGCCACUAUUGUGCAUGUCAGUUGUGCUGUACUUCCCAAGGACAGUUACCUAAAUGGAAAUCACAGGAAUGAGUCAAAAAUACAUUCUCAACUUCUGCUUGUUUUCAGCUUGUUUUCUUCUGCUUCCUAAUCUGUAUUGAUAUUUAAUUGUAUAAAGUUGAGUGACAUCGGUGAAAUGGCACACUUUUUCAAAAACAUCCCUUGCCUCAUUGUAAUGUUGGGCUACUGUAAAGUAGGGUCUGGCAAAUCUGAGUCACUGUAAGCGUGUCUUGAUUCAAGAGCUGCUUGAGUUUAUCCCGUAUAUAACUUGGAAAAACUGUAACACCUCAAUCACUCCUUUCUUGGCCACCUAGAAAAUUUACAGAUGAUAAAUCGUUCAGAUGUAAGCUUCCUAAGUCAAAGCACUUCAGCCACCAAAUCCUGCUGGAUCUGUAUACUAAUUUUAUGAUUUUGUUGAAAGCAAUAUAUUUUAUGCAUGCCUAGAAUUCAUUCCAUCAGUGGCUGUUACUACAUGAAAUAAAGGCUUAGAAAAAUGUGACCUUGCCUACAUGCAACAAAAAAUGGUAACAGAAUACAUUUAUUGUUGAAGGUGUUUGCCUGAAGGCUCAAAGACAGCCCUUUUAGAGCAGGCAUAUAGUCUGUGUGGCCUUUUGUGCAUUGGCUAUCUAUGCAAAUCAUGGCAAUUUGCAAGAAGAAGUGCAAACAAAAAUAGAUCUAAAGGAAGACUCAGUUUGCCAGGAAGAGAUUAUUUGGCCUUGGAAGUCAGCAGUAUUUCAGAUUAAACAGAUUUUGCAAAUGUAAAGGGUUUUGCUAGAGCACGUUCAGCUACAUGUAAUUUCCUAUUAAAAUAUGAAAGCAGUUAAUUAGAUUGGGAGGAGGAAUCACAGAGUACACGCUUUGCAUGUAAAAGGUCCCAGGUCCAGUCUCUGACAUUUCUAGUACAUACUGGGUAACAAAAUAGUGAAAAAUCUGUAACUAAUAAGAGUGACUUCCAUUCAAGCUAGGCAAGGAAUGAGAAACUCUCAGAUGUUUCUCACAUUAUCCCUGAUCAUGGACCAUGCUGGUUGUGUCCAAUGGGAAUUGGAGUCCAACAACAUUUGGAGGGCAUCCUGUUGGCUGCCUCUGCUGCACAACACAAUUUGCUUUUAAGUCAUUCAGUGCUGAAACCCGUCAUAACACUUGAAAGUUUAAAUUAAUCACUGUGUGCUCCAUUAGUAUGAAAUUGGUUUUCCAAAUUUGUGAGUGUCCGCCCAUGAUGUGCAUGGAUGCUGUAAGUGUGCUCCACUCUAUUGUGCAUUUCCUUCUUGUGAUGCACACUUCAGAUCAUGUACGGCAGCAAAUGGCUUUCAGAGAAGCAACUAUGAGAGUCCUUGCAGAUUAGCAUUAGAACUUGACAUGCACUCCUAGUUCCCAGGCCUUGUUGUUGUUGUUUAGUCGUUUAGUCGUGUCCGACUCUUCGUGACCCCAUGGACCAGAGCACGCCAGGCACUCCUGUCUUCCACUGCCUCCCGCAGUUUGGUCAGGCUCAUGUUCGUAGCUUCGAGAACGCUGUCCAACCACCUCGCCCUCUGUCGUCCCCUUCUCCAUCUUUCCCAACAUCAGGGUCUUUUCCAGGGAGUCUUCUCUUCUCAUGAGAUGGCCUCAGCUUCAUGAUCUGUCCUUCCAGUGAGCACUCAGGGCUGAUUUCCUUAAGAAUGGAUACAUUUGAUCUUCUUGCAGUCCAUGGGACUCUCAAGAGUCUCCUCCAGCACCAUAAUUCAGAAGCAUCAAUUCUUCGGCGAUCAGCCUUCUUGAUCGUCCAGCUCUCACUUCCAUACAUCACUACUGGGAAAACUAUGGCUUUAACUAUACGGACCUUUGUUGGCAAGGUGAUGUCUCUGCUUUUUAAGAUGCUGUCUAGGUUUGCCAUCACCUUUCUCCCAAGGAGCAGGCGUCUUUUGAUUUUGUGACUGCUGUCACCAUCUGCAGUGAUCAUGGAGCCCAAAAAAGUAAAAUCUCUCACUGCCUCCAUUUCUUCCCCUUCUAUUUGCCAGGAGGUGAUGGGCCCAGUGGCCACGAUCUUCCUUUUUUUGAUGUUGAGCUUCAGACCAUAUUUUGCGCUCUCCUCUUUCACUCUCAAUAAAAGGUUCUUUAAUUCCUCCUCACUUUCUGCCAUCAAGGUUGUGUCAUCUGCAUAUCUGAGGUUGUUGAUAUUUCUUCUGGCAAUCUUAAUUCCGGCUUCGGAUUCAUCCAGUCCAGCCUUUCGCAUGAUGAAUUCUGCAUAUAAGUUAAAUAACCAGGGAGACAAUAUACAGCCUUGCCGUACUCCUUUCCCAAUUUUGAACCAAUCAGUUGUUCCAUAUCCAGUUCUAACUGUAGCUUCUUGUCCCACAUAGAGAUUUCUCAGGAGACAGAUGAGGUGAUCAGGCACUCCCAUUUCUUUAAGAACUUGCCAUAGUUUGCUGUGGUCGACACAGUCAAAGGCUUUUGCAUAGUCAAUGAAGCAGAAGUAGAUGUCUUUCUGGAACUCUCUAGCUUUCUCCAUAAUCCAGCGCAUGUUUGCAAUUUGGUGUCUGGUUCCUCUGCCCCUUCGAAAUCCAGCUUGCACUUCUGGGAGUUCUCGGUCCACAUAUUGCUUAAGCCUGCCUUGUAGAAUUUUAAGCAUAACCUUGCUAGCGUGUGAAAUGAGUGCAAUUGUGCGGUAGUUGGAGCAUUCUUUGGCACUGCCCUUCUUUGGGAUUGGGAUGUAGACUGAUCUUCUCCAAUCCUCUGGCCACUGCUGAGUUUUCCAAAUUUGCUGGCAUAUUGAGUGUAGCACCUUGACAGGCCUUACUCUCUGCUAUUGUUUAUGGUUCUAUAGCUGCUUUCAGGUGCAGUCUGCAGAAUACCUACAUAAAUGUGUUUUUAGUGGCGUCCUCCAUUUGGACCUCUCAGGGAAACAAGAUAUGCUCUCUCUGUGUUUACAAGUUACAUUUCUACAGAAUUAGUAUUUUUAUAAAUACAGUUUUUAUGGUAGCUGUUGGAUCACAGCAGUGUGGACUGUGGAGCUCUUUACUGCAGCCUGGGCAUGUAACAGUAGUUUUAAGUUCAUGAAAUGGUGCCAAACAUAUUUCUAACACAUUUGUUUAGGUGGCUGGCAGAUGGGUAUCUGCUAACUAUCAGGGGAAUAAAAUGCUCACAGAAACUGUGGUAGGAAUUGUCUUCUCUCACCAUUAUAUAGAAACAAUUUAUCUAACUGACACUAGUUUAGUGUGAUAGGUUGGCAUUAAUAGAUCACCAGCACUGUUUUUUAAAACAAUGUCCUUUUCACAUAUAGUAUGAAAUAUUUGGUAUACAAGGAGCUUACAGCUUAAUCGUGUGCAUAUCUCCUUCUAAGGCUCACAGAGUUCUUUGGGGCAUACUCUCAGAAUACAACCUUGGGCUACAAUCCUCUGUACUAUUAACUCUGGGGAAAGCUUCACUGAACUCAAAGGGGCUUACUUCUGAGAAGGCAUGCAUAGGAUUAUGCUGUUAAAUUCUUUAAUGAAAUGAUUAUUUUCCCCUUCAGUGCACCUAAAUAUUUCUUGCUGAGUUGAGACAUUUUCUCAGUAAACUCUUAGGGGAUUGACAAAGCAUUUCAUAAUUCAUUAAAACUACAAAUUCUCUGUGCUGAUGUUAAACUUUAAGUCUUUAAGGUGCCUACCUCUUUGUUAUAGCAGCUAAUAAGAAUUGGUAAGAAACUGGGUCCUGGGGAUAUUACAUCAAUGCAGUUCAGUCAUAUACACGUCUUUAAAAAGAUGUAGCAAUAAAAUAUUUUAACUGAUUUGUGUGUAUAAAGUAGUUUUAUAUAUGUAUUCCUUGUUAAAUCACUUCAAGAUGUUUCAUUGGAAGCAAUUAACAAAUGGGAUGAAAUAAUAAAUUAAUACUGUUUUCUCUGAAGUAGAGAAGAGUUCAUGAGACUUACUCCCACGUUAGUUCAUAUAGAAUUGUGGAUGUAGUCUGCACACCUAUAUCUAGUUUCCAUGGAGUAAACCCCAUUAAACUCAAUGGGACAUAGUUUUGAGUAGGCACUGUAGAAUUGUGCUGUAUAUCAGGGAAAUUAAAAUCUGCAAAAGAUGAACCAGAAUUCGGGGCUCCAUAAAUAUUUUCAUCCACAAGUGGACUCUUAAGAAAGAAAAAUUCACGAAACCUCCAUAGUUUCAUUUAUGUUUUUGCACUCUUUCAGUUAUUUUGAUCCUUCUUGUGCCCAUAGUAGGCAAAAAGUAUAUACCCACAAACUCUUAAGUUGGCAGUGUGCAAAAACGGUCUGCUCCUUUAAAUGCAUCCUGCCCUCAUCCUCAAAUCAAAAAAUGUUGUGAAGUACUUUCAUCCCAAGGUCACUGAAGCUACUGGCUUCAUAAAUCUACUGAAAUGGGGGGGAACCAUUUUCUGAGUACAUUCUUGCCUUUUCACCCAAUAGCCUAAUUACUGUUCUGUGUAGUUUAAAAUAAAGCAGUAGUGCAUCCUUCAUGGUAACAGAAUUUCAUAUAUCUUACCACAAAUUAUUUUCUUCAUAUGAUUUUGUAAACACCUGAAACUCAAUCUCUAUCAUUUGUGAAAUUUUACAAAACUUUUCUUGUAAGUUAUUGAAGUUACCUUUUCUUGAAUCUUUAAAAAUUUGUGUAGCAAAAGUAAAGGGAAACUCAUUAAAUCUUAAGGCAAAUUGGUACUAUAUUUAGUAUUUCUAAGGGCAUGUUUGGAACACCAGACCAACUAAAUUAGAGAAAAUAGGCACUGUGGUAUCUACUUUAUAGGGUUAUUAGGAACCAAACUGACGAAGAUUAAAAACUUUGUUUAAUGUUUCAAAAGUAACAAAAUCAUGAACAGAAGCUAUAGUAAUGACAUGUUCAAUUUUAGUGCCAUAAGUACUUGGCUUGAAUUAUUUGCUUAUGUUCUAGGUUAAAUGAAUGGCUGAAAGUCAAUUAAUCAUGGUAUUAUGAAAAUGUUCUGAAUUCAUUGCACUUUGCAAUCUCCUUGUUUUUAAUUGACUUUUAAUUUGUUGUUGUGUAGUACAGCAGUACUUUACUGCUUUUGAUCCUCACUGCGAAUAAGUAAGGAUAGAUUAACAAAGGAACUUUUCAUCAGCAUCUUUGCAGGAUUCACAUAUAUAGAAAUGCUACUGUGGCCUUCAUAGUAACAUUUACUAUGGGAAGGUUUAAAUGUGUGAUGUUCUGAUGUGUUUUGGUAUAUUCUGUUGGAAGCCACUCAGAGUGGCUGGGGCAACCCAGUCAGAUGGACAGGGUACAAAAACUACUAUUAUUAUUAUUAUUAUUAUUUGCCUAGGUGGCUUUGAACAAGUUACUCUUUCGUGUUAAAUAAGACAUAGUGCAGCAUUUGCUUUCAAACAUCAGAUAGUGUUGGCUUUCACAUCCAUGCAACACCAACAUUUUAUCCUUGGAUUUGAGGGGCUGCAUUUUGGUAAUAAAUUAUCUUUUUUCCAGCAGUGGGAUAUCUCAGGAGAGUUAUCCAUUUUACAAAGUAGUUAUUACUUAUCCUUUUUUUAGACCAAAUGUGUGGCCUUUUAUGCUAAAGGAAGUGGGAAGUUUUGGGACUCAUAAGGGGAUAUUUUAAAAAAUCUAACAGCCUAUAUUUCUACGUUUUACUUUGCUGCAUAUUUUGUGAUUUUAAAUCUGUUGGUGUUUUCUCACCAAAGAGUACUUGCCCCAGGAAUUUCCUUGUUAUACCCAUUUUUUCCUCGUGCCAUCAACAAUUGUAAACUUUUGACACUAAGUCAUGUGGAAGACUCUUCCUGUUGUUAUUAUUAUUACUAUUUAAAUGAGUAAGCCUAUUGACCAUAUGGCUUGUCUUGUGAAAUGAAGGGAAAAUUAGCAACCAUAAUACAGCCAAAAGGAAACAGCUGUUGUGAUUUGUUUGUCUAUUUCUUUUUAGUUUUCUUGAUGCAUAAGAUUCCUUGGUGUGGAAUAGAUUUCAAUCUCCCUGUGCUAAAAGAAAAGUUUGAAAAUGCAAUAAUAGCAUAUCUGAUGGGCUCAGAAAAUUGCUAAAUCCCUCUGCUUUACAAGGAGAGCAGGAGGGAUGUGUCAAGUCUUUGCUUAUUCCUAGCCAUGUAUCCCAUCCCUUGUCAAUGUACAUUUUGAGCUAUGUAACCUGUACUCUGAGUUGGUGCUGAGACCAUGUGCUAAUUUCAUUAAUAAUUUGGGGAUUUCCAAAGCAUAGAGUCGGAGUUCUUCAUCCAAGGGUGAGAGCCAGGACAAUGUACUGGUUCUGUAUAAGACAAAGAAGAAGAGCUCAUGUAUAUCAUUGAAUAUCCCAUGGUCCUUUGUCAUUUUCCCUUGAUGGAAUACUUGGCGAACUUGCCAGGUCAGGAACAAAUUGCUGAAACGAAAAGCAAAACCACCAAAAUAUGUUGAUAGGCAAGUGAAGACAUGUUUAGCAGCAGCAGGCAUGACCUGGCACCAGAAAGGAUUUAUGCAAUUAUAGUUAAUUAUGUGCAUAUAAAAUAUGCAGAUUGAAUGGAGCCACAGAGUUUUGAAAGUGCUCCAAAAAUAACCUUUGGUGCUGGACAGAAUUGCCUAAUCGCCUCGGUUUGAUUUCAGCAAGAUAUUCCUGUAAUAUGGGACUUGUUAGGUUCAGAACUGACUGGUUUUCUACCUAGAGGUUGCUGUACUGUUGGGGCAACUCUUAAGGCAUGAGAAACUGCUGUUUUCAGUAUACAGAUGUAAAUCUUUGCUGUUGUUAAGUCUCCUUUUAGUCAUCCUGUUUAAAUGUGUCAAAUGUCAGAGGUGUGGACUUCAGCUACAUUGCAACAUGCAAGCAGCACCAGCUUGGAUGAGCAUUUACUGUAUUUUUGUAUUGAUUGUUUUACAUUUUCUGGUUUUAAUUGUUUUUAUUUGUGGUAUUUUUCUCUGGUUACAUCACUUAGUAAAAAGAGACUAACGAAUCAAUAUUAACAAAUAGCAGCAACAUCUUUACUUUCAGAAUUUCCCCUUCUGAAUAAGUGAAACUCCUUCAAACUCUUCUCCUUGUCCACCCCCAAAUCCAUUGUUGGGAGCAACUUCACUGGUUACCUAGGUGUUGCCUUUCCUGCUUGCAGGCAUGAGCAUGAAUAAAAGCCUGGGGAAUACUUAAGAGCGUGUAAGCGAACAUAAUUAACUAGAAGAUUCCAUACUGCUGUAUUUGGGGCAGUGUGUCUCUGAAUACCGGUUGCUAGGGGAUUCAAAUGGGGAUGAUGCUGUUAUGCUUAUGUCCUGCUUGUGAGCAUCCCUCAGACCUCUGGUUGAACACUGGGGAUACAGGAUGCUGGACUUAACAAGCCUUUGGUCUGAUCCAGCAGAGCUCUUUCUUGUGUUGUUAUUUUCACUUUUUCCCAACCACCUCUGAAAUAACCAGUCCAGGAUGCUGCUGAAUAAUUCUUUCUUCCCUCCUGCAUUUAUAACUUCCAGUGUUAUUAAGGACAUCUGUCCUUUCCUCCCAGUAGAUAGAAAUCUAUAGAAAUGCUUUAUAGAGUUGGAAGGGACCCAAAGGGUUAUCUCGUCCAAACAGUAGGAAUCAAUAGGUGAAGAACACUUGGCAACUUUUUUGGCAGUCAUUUGCAGCUGUUCUUGGGCAUAGCUCUGUACUGCCAUUUCCUGGCUGUGCUCAUUUCCAGUGAUUAUCCUGCAGUUGUAAGAGACUGGCAUGCUCGAAGUGCCAGCAUGCGGAAUAGUCUUGAGUCAGGCCCUAAUUUCCCUGCUGAUUACUUCUUGUUCAAGUGCACUAACGGACAACAUGGGAGUUGGGGAGAAGAUUCACACAAACUCCACAAUUUUUCUACAAUUCUUGGUCAGAGAUUAUAUCUUAACUGCAGCAAAAGUAAGUGGUGGGUUAGAGGGGAAAACAGGACACAAUGUUCAAAUUCUAAAGUCUGCAGGGUCUUUUGUUUGUUGGUUGGUUUUUGUUUGCAUCCUGGAGUAUUUGCAAACUUGUUCAAGCUGCCCUACUGUAGCUUUUGAAUUCUUUCUCCCCCCCCCCAAUUUUUUUAUUCAUUUUAUAACACAAAUAAAGAACACAAACAGAAAAACAAACAAUACAAACAGAUUCUUUUCUUAUCCUUAUUUUUCUAAACAUUGUUAGGUGGGCUUCCCCAAGUCCCACCUAUCUGAUUUUCAUUUUACUGUACUUCAUCUUCAGCAGUUUACAUAUAUCAUAAUUUCUAACCAUCUUUUUUUUUAAUCACACUUACUUUAACCAUAAAAAACUUCACAUUUUAUCACUUACAAAUAAUACUAUUUUAAAAUACACUAUCUUCUACUUCUAACCCCACAACCUAUAUCCACUUCCAAAGAUAUUCUUAAAUAUUGACAUAUUUUUUCAAAUAUUCCUUAAACUUAUUCCAAUCUUCUCCCACCGUCUCUUCUCUCUGGUCUCGGAGUCUCCCGGUGAGUUUGGCAAGUUCAAUAUAGUCCAUCAUCUUCAUCUGCCAUUCUUCGAUAGUUGGUAAAUCUUGUUUCUUCCAAUUCUUCGCUAGCAAUAUUGUCGCAGCUGUUGUGGCAUACAGAAAAAAAGUAACAUCCUUUUUGGGGAUUUCAUCGCCCACUAUACCAAGUAAAAAGGCUUCUGGUUUCUUAAUAAAUGUGUUUUUCAACACUUCAUUUCAGUUCAUUAUAAAUCCUUUCCCAGAAGUCUUUUACCUUGGGGCACGUCCACCACAUGUGGUAAAAGGUUCCUUCUUUUUCUUUACAUUUCCAGCAUUUAUUAUCAUGAGUAUGAUAUAUUUUUGCUAACUUCACUGGGGAUAAAUACCAUCUGUACAUCAUUUUCAUCAAAUUUUCUCUUAAUACAUUACAAGCUGUAAAUUUGAUUCCUUUUUUCCACAAUUUCUCUCUCCCAAUCCACAAUCAUGAUAUUGUGCCCCACAUCCCUGGCCCAUUCAAUCAUUACAGGUUUCACUUGUUCAUCUUUUGUAUGCCAUUCCAGCAAUAAAUUAUACAUCUACCCCAAUGGACCAACACAACUGUUUAUGAUUUUGAUAUGCAAUAUGAGAUACUUCCCAGUCUCCUUCCAGGUUGUCAAUUCUCACUUGGGAACCUGAAAUCUUGAAACACCCAUAGCUGCUUUUUGGCAUGUUUUGCUUCUUUGAUAGAGGAUCAUUCAAGUAUAAGAGAGUUUGCUGAGCUCAUGCUUCCUGAUGAGUAAAUGUGCUCAGCCAGUGAUAUGAUUACUCGCUUUCGUUGAGUACACAUCAUACAUUUAAAGCACACGCCCCCAGCAAAGAAUCAUGGGAACUGUAGUUUAAGGGUGCUGGGAAUUGUAUGUCAGGUAAACUACAGUUCCUAGGAUUCUUUAGGUGAGGGGAAAUGUGCUUUAAAUGUAUGGGGUACUUAGCCCCCAGGCUUCCUCUCCCCUAUGGCUGAUUGAGGCACUUUAAAAAAUCUUAUGCACUGGGAUUUUACAUUCCUGGGCAGAUAGCCAAGUUCACCACAACAUUGCUUUGCCUUUCCACGAAGCCCUAUAUCAGUGGACAUGUUCACUAAGCAUGUUCCUAUAAGACAGGGUGGGCAGCUUAUCAAAUAUAGUGAAUUACAUCAGAUUCCCUCCCCACCCCCAUUAUGUACCGAGAUCAAAUUGCAACCACAAAAGCUAGAAAAUUACUUUUUACAAUGAAAGCUGAUAUUCUCAGAAUGCUAAAUGAGUGCAUUAGGUGCAUGGGGCUCACUUGCAGACCACAUGAUGCAAAGCACUCAGAGGACCAUCUCAGAAUGCUGGGUAUGCAUAUUUUUUUGUUCUGUGCUUUCGUGUUUGAAAACCUAUCUGUCUGGACUUUCAGGUUCUCUGAGGCUCAUCAUAGUUCGCGUGCUGAGCCUCUAACAUUGCACCGAGUCUCUCUCUUCUAAAAGUUUGAAGCAGUUGACCCUGAGGGAAACACCUUGCCAAACACAGCAGAGUUCAGCUAAAAAGGCUUUUCAACCCCCAGGGAACCUUAUAAGGUGACUAGUGCUGGAGGAUUCUUUGUGACAAAAUCAGUCAUGGUUUUAUUUCCUUUUACCCCUAUGUGGGCAUCGCAAGACACACAGAGGAGCCUUGAGAGAGCAAAAUGUUGGCACCUCAGUUAGACAGGAAGGAGUCAACCCAGAUUUCCCUUCUGCAUCUCCAGCUAGCCCUACAUGCCCAACCCCAACCCCCCAGCCACCACCUCUUCCUUCUGCUGGUCCUGCUCCCCUCCUUCCUUUCCACUAGUAGCUGCCUCUUUCUCCUCAGCCACUGGGUCCAUUUGUGACGUCACAGGGAGUCUGUACCCAAUGGCAACAGCUGGGGAACGAUCUGCACAGCUUUCUAUUAUCUGUCUUGUGGGGGGGGGUGUAUCGAACACUACUUAGAUAUAUUUAAAGAUAAAGGGACCCCUGACCGUUAGGUCCAGUCGUGGACGACUCUGGGGUUGCGGUGCUCAUCUCACUUUACUGGCCGAGGAAGCCGGCGUACAGCUUCUGGGUCCUGUGGCCAGCACGACUAAACUGCUUCUGGCAAACCAGAGCAGUGCACGGAAACGCCGUUUACCUUCCCGCAGGAGCGGUCCCUAUUUAUCUACUUGCACUUUGAGGUGCUUUCGAACUGCUAGGUUGGCAGGAGCUGGGACCGAGCUACGGGAGCUCACCCCGUUGCGGGGUUUCGAACCGCCAAUCUUCUGAUCAGCAAGCCCUAGGCUCUGUGGUUUAACCCACAGCACCACCCGCGUCCCGUCUAGAUGUAUUUAGAAAGCCAUUUAUUUAGAAAUAGAAGCUGGGUUUCUUAAGGCCUACUGCUCUCUUCAUUACUUUCAUGAGUGGUCUAUGGAAAAAGUUUGCCAGCUUCUGACAACUGUGAAAGGCACAAACACAGUGAGAGGGAUGGCUACCAUCCAGCAGGAUCACCCAGGCAUUUCCACUAGCUUCUGCCAAUUUCAUCCCUGACUUCAGCCGCCCAACUUCCACUGGCUUCCACCCAUGAAUGUUGAGUGGUUCACGCAUGCACCCUUCACCUGGAGAGCGACCUCUUGAAUGCGUAAUUCCCAGGCACACCACAUCCAGAGGGUGACCUAUGCCGCCUCUGAAUUUACCCAGACACACACCAUUUGUUUCAAACACAUUCAAAGCUCGACAUUUGCACAGACACAUUCAUUAAUUGGCCAUUCUCCAUUCAUUCACAUAUACACCCCAGCUUCUAUCCACAAAUAGGCACAUAGUUUCUGUUGGUCUUCCAAAGGUGAAUUUCAGCCAGUUUAUACCCACAAAUAUCAGCCUGCUUCAGACUUGCAGCAUCCACCAACAUCCAAAUACGAACUCCACCAGCUUCCACCCACCAACAUCUGUCAGCUUCUGCUAGGUUCAUCACCAGACAGCAGACAGCUUCUGGCUAUGGAUAUCAUCUGGUUUCAAGCCACAAAAACUUGCCUUCUUAUUGAUCCACAUCAUGAUGCUGCUGGAUGAUUAGUUUGUUCCAUCUGCUAGCUUGCCUUGGCAUGGAAGGAGACCACCCAGUGCUGAACACCACAGCUAUUUCCCACUGUGUUCUCUUUGGGAAGUAAAACUACUUUUGCCUUGGUUUUCCCCUUCGUUUACCUUUAUGUAUCCACUCAGAUGCCAUGUUCUGUGUGACAUCACAGGCAGUCCACAGCCAAUGACAACAGCUGGGGAAGCAUCAUCAUCAUCAUAACCUCAGCUCUCACAAUGGUGAGCACAGCUCAGCAGUGAUCUGUUGCUUUGCUUGUUUACUAUUAAAAUGUUCUGUCGCCCGUGUUGUACUGAUAUCAGGGAAAGGCACUGCUCUAGCUAAAGUUGAAUUUAUCAGUAUAGCAAUAAAACUGGUUAGUGGUGUGAUGUGGGUCUGUGUGAGAAAGGAAACAGAAAAAGAAAGAAGAGUCUUGUCUCAUUUGUAUGUGUACAUGUAAAAUGGAAAUAGGUGUAUAUAACUGUGUGGUUUAAUCAGAGUAUUGUAGUGCUCUGUGUGUUGUGUUGUGUUGUGUUGUGUUGUGUUGUGUUGUGUUGUGUUGUGCUGUGUCUGUGUUUUGUGUGCUUAUGUUGGAGUUACCUGCCUAUAGCAAAAAGCAAUCUACUCCCUAAAUGUGUGUGGAGUCAUUUCUGUUCAUAUUUGAUUAGGAAUGAGUCCUACCUUUUUCAGGGGGACUUACUUCCUUAAACGUUUCUUUUUUCUUUUUUUUUAGGUUGGCUUUUGUAUUCCAUUUUAUGCCAGUGUGUUUUUAAUGUCAUGUUUUUGCUUUAGUUUGAGAUUUUAUGGUGUUUGUAUUUGGGCAAUUUUAUUUGUUGUUGUUUGUACUUCAAGUCUACCAUUCACCAAAAAACAACAACAACAACAACCACCCAACCCCACAUUAAAAUAAAUCAAACAAAAAAAAUGAAACAAAAGCAACAACAACAAAACAGCAGCACAGAGCAGCAGUGCACAGCAAUACAGGAUUAUUGUAUUUACCUGUACGUUUUACUGACUAUAAAAACUGGCCAGAGGACUUUGGCUGAUGGGAGAUCUAAAUAUAGCAUAAAAUAAAUAGAAAUCAAAGGUGGGGUUGGAAAUUGUGCUCCUUUUUAUAGCUGAAUGUAUGUGCAGAUGAGAGAUAAAUCUCCUUUCCCUUAGCUGUAUCACUGUGGCUACUUUGCUACCUAAUACAAACUAAUCAUAUGGGACACAGAACUUUGAGUUUAACUAGAUCCACUCACCUGUGUGCUGUGUUCUGUUGAACAAUAAUAAUUUAAUAAUAAUAAUAAUUUAUUUAUACUCCGCCCAUCUGGCUGGGCUUCCUCAGCCACUCUGGGCGGCUUCCAGAAAAAUAUUAAAAUACUGUAGUACAUCAAACAUUAAAAGCUUCCUUAAACAGGGCUGCCUUCAGAUGUCUUCUAAAAUAGAGAAAAUAAUAGACCCCUUCAGUUUUGUAUCUAAACAGGGCAGAUAGAAUAAGCAUAGCUUACCUGGCUUUGGGAAGGCAGAGCCAAGAGCUGAGGGGUUGGGGCAGGUUUCAAAUGUUGCCAAGGGCUGCUAAAAAGGGCCUUGGGGGCUACAUGUGGCUCCUGGGCGCCAUGUAUUGGACCACCCUGCCCUAAAUGCUGGAGAUAAUGGUUCUAGCCUCCUUCCACUACAAACUAGCUUCUAUGUGCAGGGAUUUGUCUUCUGAUUAUUGAUAAUUAUUAUUUAUGGAAGAGCAUUUUAAAAAGUGGUGCAGUCCACAAAUAGGUUUUCCACUGAUAUUUCUUAUUAAAUGACAUUUUAAGUAGAGAAAGAGAUGCAUUGAGUUUUGUUGUUCUCUAUCAGCCUCCAGAUGGCCAAGCUAUAAAAGGGGAUUAAUUAUCCUGCAUAUGUGAACACAGAGUCUUUGUCUUAGCUCACUUCAUUAUUUUUUUUCUGUUUUGCAUAUGCCAUGAGUUCUCUCUCUCCCAUUGACUCACUGAUGACCCCUGGGAUAGUCUCAUCUGUAAAAUGGGCCAUUUUCUUGGGACGGAAAGGAAAUUUUACUAUACAUUUCCUAUGAUUUCUAGUUGUAUUUUGAUAGGGAUCAUAUUGCAUGAUGGCAUGGAACUUGUGAGGAUUUACAGUGCUUUUUGCAGAUUCAGAUUUCGCUUACAAGGAAUAGUUUUAUGCUUCAGGAGUUUUGUAAAAAGAAAGCUGUAUUCAGUCUCUUCAGUAUAGAGAAUAAAACUCAAGCCAAGCUGUACAGUUUUAAUCAAGUAUCUUUUUAAAAAAUUUAAAAUGUAUUCCUGACAAACCUACAAACAGGUUAAAAACUGAGAGAGCUGAUCUUUUUAAUCCAUUGCUGGGGGGGGGGGUGACUUUCUGGCAGAUUUUCUCAUUCCCCAGUCUUGAUGGCAGCUGAGGGCAAAUGCCUGCUACUAUUUCAGCAGUAAAUGAAAAGAAAACAGGUUUAGUAACUAAAUCACACGAUUGUGCAAUAAACUACUAACUACCUUGUUUAAAUCUGAAAAAGUAAAUGCAUUAGUUGGUAGUAGUAAACAUGUAUAGGACUGGGAGAAAAGUGUGGUCUCCUGAAAAUGCCUACUCCAAUCUUAUACACACUGAUUUGUGAGUAAUGCCCAUUAAAUUUAGUGACUAUGGUUCAUGGGAUGCAGCUGGUAAUUAAGGCUGUGUCUGCCCUUGGGUUGCCAUUUUCUUGCUGGUUCUAUUUCUGCCUCCCAGCUGCCAUUUUGUAAUUUACUCUGCUGGGGGAUGCCAGGUCUCUGGUUAAAGAAAUAAAAUAAAAUUGCACGACAGGGGGAGAGAAAGCAGUUGUUUCUGUUAAGUAUUGUUAAAAUGUCACUUUGGAAAGAAGUAUGAUGUAAUAUUUAAAGGCUCAAGUCUUGAUAGCUUUUUCUAAAGUCUAGCAGAUUUGUAGUCCAAGCCUUGCUUUCAUUCUCAGUGUGAAAGGAAACAGUUGGGUUUCUGCUGUGGCGGAUCAGGCUGUUAAUGAAGAAAUCUUCACUUUUGGAAUUUGGCUAGUAUUCAAUGCAAUUCGUAACUAAUUACAACGUGUUGAGCAUUGUCUCUUUGGAGAGCUGUUACUUGAGAAGAUUACCAACAAGCUAAAAGUUGCAUCCCCAUUAUUGAAGUUCCCAGUUGUGAUUAACCUUAUUGCAUGAAAUUGUAACGUCCCUAGCCUUCGGAGCACUUUCCACUUUCCACUGUUGCAAUGGGAGUCUUUUUUAAAAAAUUGUUCGUUGCGGGUUGGGGGGCUGAUAGUUCGAAAGAAUCAUUAAGUCUUCCAAGUCAUUAAGACUUGAAUUACACGAUUGUGCAAUAAACCUAUGCAUCACUAGCACAUAACUGUACAUGUGCUUUUGGUUUGCCAAGCUACAGUAGCCUUGGUUGAAAGAAAUAGGGACCCCCUAGAUUAAAGUCACUUGAGUAAAAGUCAUAAGAACCACAACAUAAACCAUUGUGGAUUUUGUUGUUGCUCUUGUUGGUUCUACUGACCUCUUAUGAAUUAUCAUCUGACAGAGACUUGACUCCAAAGCUGACACAUUAUGGUGGCAAGUAUGACCAGUUUUCCAGGAAGCAUAAUACUGUAUAUGACUGGAUUUUACUCUUGAAUGUAGCAAUAUAUGUAGCUGAAUAGUUCUUCAGUCAGUCUAAAAGCGACAAAAAAUGAGGGAAUAUCAGACUUCUGUGAUCCACAACCCAUUUUCCUCAAAAUGAGAAAGUUUGCAAACUAUUAUACUCAAAUCAUGAAAUAAUACUGUUUUAAAAAUCUCAUUCUGUUUUGAACUUUCAUCAGUUCCACUGUAAGUUAUGCAUUGCCCUAUGCCAAGAAUUCCAUGGCAACUGUGAUGCCUUGCAAUGGUGCCAUAUGAUGAAUAGAAAAACCUGACUGUUCCUAGCAUGCAACUGCAUGUGAUAUGGUUUUCAAAACUUUAAAUGUGUUUACCUGCUGUAAUGGGUUUAGGGGUUGCUCGUGCGUAAGUUGCCGCCACUCCUGGCUAGGUUACCUGGUUGAACCCUUUCUGACCGGACAGCCUCUAGCUUCGUGGCUGUCUCAGUCGCUGGCAGAAUCCGUCAGUAGGCGUUUCUUGAACUUCUUCCAGCACAAAAGUUCCUUGACACCUAGUCUCCUCCUAGUCUCCCUGCGCGGAAGCCUUCUGCGCAGGGAGGGUGUGGGCAGCAGAGUACCCGUACUCUCUCUGUUGGUCUCCGGCGAAGAGUCUUGGAGCCUCCUCUCCGAUUCCCCCAUCUGCCCCCUUUCUCCACUGGUUUUACGCUGAUUUCCUUCCCCAGCGGACGGGCUGCCUCUCUCCCUACUGGGACCCUCUCCGGCAUCCCUCUGGAGCCUUCCCUCCGCCUCCAGCUCCGAUGGCAGUUCCCUGACACCUAAGCACCAAUAUAGUAGUGUUUGGAGUAAAUUGUGUAUUUCCAGUUGAAGCUAGUAUAUUAAAUCUCUGAUGUCGUACGUUUACAUGUUUUGGAUCCAUGUAAUCAGACAUAUUUCAUGGUAAAGUAUGUUUCAUUCAUAAAGGUUAACCAGGCAUCACUGGGGGUGGGGGGGGAUGAAAUAUUUAGGGGAUGUAAAAGAUUUUUGUAUUAUCCAAGUAAAGCAGGGUCCUGGAAAUAGGUGGCGGAGGCCUUGAAACAGAAGCAGAUUUGAAUUUCUCACACCAAAAGAAACCCACAUUUUUAAGGCCCUCUCAUGGAAGAAAUUUGCAAUAAUUAAGUUUCACCCCCUAAAAUAGUAUUCCUUGCUGUGGCGUGUCAGAUAGCUGCCGCACCUGCUACUCCUUCCUCUCCCUCUCCCAGGAUGAUGUCCAUAAAGGCACAUUGCAAAGGUCUCAGACAGUCCUGAGUUGAAACGUCCAUCCCUUGUCCUGUACCCAACUGUGCUAAGGCUGCCUCUGAUGCUGAUUGCUCUUCAGAGAAUAUGCAUCAGAGGAAGAGCUGGUUCUUGAAUACAUUUUCAGCUUGACAAGAAAAUGUUUGGGAAAGCGCUCACUGAAGCAUUUUCUUCAUGCACAACAAAGGCUGAAGAAGGGACAAGCAAGGUCAAUGUCUCAAAUUAUGCUCAAUUAUUUAUUACACUGUGCUCUUAUACGAACAGAGUGUAGUUCAAUAUGUUAACGCCACACAGGCUACACCUCCCUCUUAUUGACUGAGACUAAAAACAAAAGGGGGUAGAGGGCUAAUGGGUAUGAAUAGAGGAGUGGAGAGAUUACUUACUCCUGGCCAAAGGACUAUGAACAGAUGCAUUUCCAGAGGAGAGAGAUCAACCGAGUGCCUACUAAAUGUUUCAUUUUAAUUACGUGGAGAAAUUUCUAAUGCUGGUUUGCACUCUGUAGUAACUGGAAUGUGGCUGUGUCUCUGUGUUGGUGGUGGUGUUUAAAAACAUUAUUUUGAGCUAUAAGGAAAAUCCCAAAUGUGAACCAGGAUGUGGCGAGGCAUGGCUAUCUCCCAAAUUAGAAGGCUGAGAAAUGACCUGUGACUAGUUAACCGUUCAGAUUGUGCAUGGCCCGAAAGGUUUUGUGAUGACUGGGUAAAAUUGUGACAGAUCAAACAAAGAGCCAAGCAGUAAAGUUCUAGAAGAACUGAUUUUAGUCAAUAGGGUGGAUCUAAAGAAUGGUGAAUAGAAGAAGUAAGUUAGCUACCACUGCUGUUAAGCACUUGUUUAAGCACUAGGAGAAGAGUUCAGUCAGUCAGUGACCUGGUUACCUAUAUAAACUUGCCUUUCAUGCUGAUUCUCUUGUUAAUUUUGUCUCUUUCAAAUUGCUCAGAUUAGCACUUUAGUUUCACAUCACCCAAUCUAAGGCCGGCAGUCUAGUCACUGUAUCUUCAGGCUCUCAGAUAUUAAAUAUAUAUUUCUUACCUUUUUUUCUUUUUUUUUAAAUGGGCUGGAAUGUUCUGUUAAGUUCAUGUAUCCAUGUCUACCUCAAGACAUCAGUACUGUUCACCACUGAAUUCCUUUCCCUCUCCCUAGGUCUUCUUGUGGGAACUCUUGAUGUUGUGCUGGAUUCAAGUGCAAGGGUAGCGCCAUAUCGAAUUCUAUACCAGGCUCCAGACUCUAUGAUAUACUGGACUAUUGCCUGUGGUAAGUAUUUUAAUAGUGGCUAAAAUUACCAGUUUCUUAGAGGACUGGAUGUUCUGUGUACAGUGGUACCUCUGGUUAUGAACUUAAUUCGUUCCAGAGAUCCGUUCUUAACCUGGAACCAUUCUUAACCUGAGGUACCACUUUAGCUAAUGGGGCCUCCUGCUGCCGCUGCAGUGCCAGCACACAAUUUCUGUUCUCAUCCUGAGGUAAAGUUCUAAACCCGAGGUACUACUUCCAGGUUAGCGGAGUCUGUAAUCGGAAGUGUUUGUAACCCGAGGUACCACUGUAGUUCAUAGGAGCACUGAAUUGCAUACUGUCUUGAUGACAGGCAUCCCCUCACUUACAUGGAGCCCCCACAUGAAUAAGUGAAAUGACAUAAAGUGGGGGGCACCCCACUUUGAUAGGGAGGGUCCACAGGGAGGAGAGAGAGAGAGAGAGAAACUCAUGUGUGCCGCUGGGGCUGCUGCCUGGAAGUCGCUAAGGGCCAUUACCUGGCCGGUCCCAAGCCUUCUCUGGAUCGGAGCCCUGAAUGGCGUGCCUUCCCUCCUUUCCAGGAAGGAAGGCCAAUUUAUUUAUUUAUUUUGCGGUGACCCAUAUAAACGUCUUCUGGGAGUGGAAGGCGUGUAAAUGAGGGGGUUGCCUGUACAGUGGCACCACAGGUUAAGAACUUAAUUCGUUCUGGAGGUCCGUUAUUAACCUAAAACUGUUUUUAACCUGAGGUACCACUUGGGGCCUCCCGCUGCCACCGCGCCACCGCACAAUUUCUGUUCUCAUCCUGAAGCAAAGUUCUUAACCCGAGGUACUCUUUUUGGGUUAGCGGAGUCUGUAACCUGAGGUACCACUAUACUGUGUGAUGACAUCGUACUCGAGUAGCAGGUCAUUUAUGAGAUCCAGGCUCUGAAAUGCUAAAAAGUUAUUUCCCAUUUAAUCUUCUGUAACUAUCAGACUGGGCGAUUAACCCCAUCAAAGUUUUUGUCUAUAAUAUGACAUUGCUGUUACUGGAUUUUAUCCAGAUUUACUCAUGCUUAGAUUAGACCAACUGAAAGCAGUGGGUACAAAUUAGUCGUGACUAAACCCCAUUGAUUUGUAUAAGUGUACUCAAAGCACGGCUGAGUCUGGAUCCAACCCAUUGUGUUGCAUUGUAGCCUGUUGUAAUCUAGUGAGAUUAUAUUGAGCAAUGGCUGUGGUCUAUUGUAGAUGUAAUACUGUCAAACUCUUAAGACACUUAAGAACAGGAUAACAAGCUGUGUACAGAUACCAUUCCCACAUUUCCUCUCUUAUGUGGAAUUUUUUGCUCCCUUUCCUUGUAAGCGUUGAUUAUGACAAGGGUAAUAAACUCUGGCUAGUAUUAGCUAUUUUGACAUUGUUGCAGUUUUAUGUAACGAUCAGCACCCAUUGGGGGCCAUUGGUGUGGUGAUCAGUGUCCAGGGGGGCAGGGCAGCGAUCCACCCAGGGGGAUUUUGUCACCCCCCUCAGGGAUGACACCUGGGGCACACCGCUCCCACUGCCCCCCUUCCUACACCCCCUGUGUGCAGGUACAGGUGGGCCACAUUUUCAUUAGAUAAUGUGUCUCUUACAUUCCUUUUAUGAAAAUAUAUUUGAGUGCCCCAAUUGUCCUUCCCAUAACAGAAUUGCUAGUGGAAAGAAGGGAACAAAGCUGAGAAAUAUUAGUAUUUUUCUUUUUUGGGGAAAAAAAUAAUACAUUCCUGUUUCAGAAUAAAUUAAAUUCCUGAGAAUAACAGUAACAACAAAAAGUUUUGAAGUGUGACGGCAGUUGUAUCCAUGUUUAGAAAUAGUGAAUAGUAACCUCAGCUUUAAUAAUCCAUAUAUAAAAAAUAAUUCAGACGAUGACCGCAGAACAGAUACUGUGAUUGUAAUGGCAUGGUAACUCUGCAUUUUAUUGCUCCACAGGAGGCAAGACAUCAUCAUUUUGCAUCUCUCUGGCGAUUUUAAGUGCAUUACCUAUAUGUUGUGUUAUGGCUCUUUUGUAGGUGUGUAAAAAGCUAUGGAAAGAAUAACUCGGUCUUUAAAGCCACAUCCGGAGUUAUAACAAUACAAUUUCAUGCAGUAAUUGCAAGCAAAGCCCAACAUGAUGAUCACAUAUGGGCCUUUGCUGCCGCUGUUUAAAUUAUGUAGGCUCUCAGAAAUGAUUUGUGUUGAAAAGGCAGAGCAGAAAUGCCAGGCCUCCCUGGAAGCUGCAGAGAAUGAUCUCAUUCCUCAUCAGCCAAGCUGUGCUGGAGAUAAGCUUAUGCUUGCAAUUCCCAGGAAAUCAUUUCACUACUGUGUUAGCUUUCUAAUUUUGUGGCUAGGAAAUAAUUGAUUUACACGUACCUAUGCCUUCCUGGCACUGUUGUAGCAAGCUCUUGAGUGAUUUAUAUAAUAUGUCCUGUAUAACUUCUAUUCAUUCAGGAGUUCAGUGUAAUCUAUGGGCAUAAUUCUGUUGACAUGAAUCACUUAAAUCCCAUUGAUUAUAAUAGGAGGGAGUUAAGCCCACUUUUUUAGUAAGUCCACAAAUUAUUUUAGCCUUUGGGGGGCUAGCAGAGGAUGGACUAUGAGCUUUCUCCCUUCCCUAGCAGUACACUAUAUUUUACCUUGGACACAGAGGAUGGGGAUUCUGUUUUCUGACAUGCUCCAUGGUUUCUAUGCUGGGUUUAAAUGAGGGAUGGAGCACUCACCUGCAUGAAAUUCAUUGUCUGCCAGACCUAGCAGGCAAGUACUUAAAUGCAAGACUAAGUGAGGUACACACUUAAAUGUAUCUGAUUAAAUUGUACCCUAUUUACAGAAAGUAUUUGCAGGGCAAUUAUUUCCAAAACUAGAAGAGGGAGCUUAGAGGUCUGUCCUUGUUUCUACUUUUGGGUCAGGGGGAAGAGACAGUGCUGCCAAGUUACUUCAACAAUAAUGUUCUAACUUCUAUAAUGCCAUUUAGAAGUGACUCUAAAUUAUUACCAUUCUAGGAGAAAACCAAGGGCUCAAGGAUAAGCAGAAAAAUUAGUUUGCAGAAAACUGCCAGUCCACAGAUCAUGUAGGCCCAGUUGUUAAGAUCAUUUGGCCCCUGAAUGCCGCUCUCAUCUCUCCUAUACUUUCAUGCCCCUGGAAGGAAACUCACAAGCUUUCAUUCCCUGUUUCAAACAAACCACAGUUUCCCACGUUAUCCAAGUUCAUAUAACUCUGGUUUGUUUUAAACUAUGAGUAGUAAGAACAAGCCAGGAUCACACUAUGGUUUCAUUUCCUGCCUUGUUUGGAAAGUAUAGGCAAACCUACACACCCUCAAGUUCAGACCUCAUGAGGAACUGUGAUUUGUUUAAGACAGGAAGUGAAAACUUAGCAAGGCGUGCUAAGGAGGGGAGGGAAUGCACGGUUAAGUACGGAAGAUGGGGUUGUGACGUGAUGGAAGCCAGAACGCACAGAAAUGCCAUUUUCCUUCCCGCCACAGUGGUACUUAUUUAUCUACUUAUUUAUUUAUCUUGUUACAACUGAAGUGGGCCAUGGUGUUCUGUUGAAUUAAAUUACUCUUCUGUGCUGGUUUGCUUUAAAAUGCACAGUAUUCUCUUUGUUGGGUUUGUUUUGUUUUGUUUUGGUUAUCCAAUAAACAUACUGUUGCACACCUAUCCAUAAAUAUAUUUAUUUAUUUUUGCUUUAUGAUGAUCAAAUUACAGACAUGAUCUAGCAAUUUAUCCUGUUCUUGUCUUAGGUUGUUCAAGGAAAGAAAUAACUGAGCACUGGGAAUGGCUUGAACAGAAUUUACUACAAACUCUUUCGAUCUUUGAAAAUGAAAAUGACAUAAACACAUUUGUCAAAGGAAAAAUACAGGUAGUGUAUAUAUAUUGUCAGCACAGUUAAUUAUCCUCAUGACCAGGAAAAAACUAUUAUGCAAGCUUGUCCUUUAUACUUGAUUUGCUGGUUUGUGUACUUCUCUGUUUUGGUAAGCACAGAUUCCAGUGAGCUUCAUUAUCUAGUUUGAGGAAGCAGGCAUCAGUGGAAACAGACACAUUGGUAUUAUCAAGUUGCAUAGAUAAGGGUGAGAUCACAUAACUAUCUUCAGGUUUGUCAAGGGACUUAUGCUGGCCAUGUGGAAUUUCAGAAUUUUUAUCUUGUAACAGCACAACACCUCCCCAUCAACACAUCACUCUUUUUUUCUUUUUAAUCUUUUGCAAUCAGUUUACCAAAACAGGUUUACCAUGUGGCUUGUUUGAGAGGGAGUAAGGCCAGGUCCUUUCUUAGCAGAGAAUAUCUAGUUUGUUUGGUAGUUUGGGAAAUCCAUAUGGCCAAGAUCUAAUCUCUUGAGAUGCCCUGUGUAGGUUAGAUUUAACAAUUAAGGUUUUGUCUUGCAGCACUCUCCUCUUUGUUGCUUUGGUAACUUAGAAUAGCAAAGAGCCUUGUGAUAUCUUAAAGGCUAAAAUCGAUAACACAGCAACAGAGCUGAAAUGACAAAAGCUUUUGUUUGUCUUUAAUAUGCCACCAUUUGUUUGGCAACAAACUAACAUGGCCAUUCCUCUGGAAAUUGUGUGAUUUAUGUGCAUCCUGUGGUUUUUGAAGGCAAUAGAACAGCCUUUCCCAACCUUGGGCCCCCAGACUUUCUUGGACUGCCAUCACCCCUCACCACUGGCCUGAUGAGAGUUGUAGUCCAACAACAACUGGAAAGACUCCAAUGGAACAUAUGGACCAGGGGUGUGGCCUUGCAGAAAUUGCUGGAAUACAGCAGUGGCAGACUUUGGGCUUUCAAAUUUCAGCAGCACCCUGUGCAAUGCCAAAAUUCAGUGCCCCCCCCCCACCUCUUGCUUACUGUUUUACACCAUUGUUGUGGUAUGCUCUCGGCUCAGCGCCCAUUGCAGGCAAACUGGUCACGCUUUCCUAAAUCCACCUCUAACUUCUGCUCUCAUUAUCCUUGACCAUUAGCCAUGCUGGCUGGGGCCUAUGGGAUUUCCAGCCCAACAAUAUCUGAACAGCUAUGGAUUCCCCAACCCUGAUGCAGACUCAUCUUGUCAUUCUGCUAAUUUGACCACAGCCCCAUGUCACUGCAGUAUGCCAGUUGGGUUGCAUACUCAAAAUGUGUUCUCUUCCUCUCCCCAAACCUUUUCUUUUUUUAAAUGCUGGAAUUUUGAACUCCAUAGCACACAUAUAUUUUUUGGGGAAGCCAAACUGUCCUGUCUGAUCUUCUGCUUCAGGGCAUCAUUGCAGAAUUUAACAAAAUAAAUGGUAUCAAGGAGGAUGACGACACUGAAAAAUUUAAGGAAGCCAUAGUGAAAUUCCACAAACUGUUUGGGAUGCCGGAGGAAGAGAAGCUGGUGAAUUACUACUCCUGCAGUUACUGGAAAGGGAAGGUGCCUCGUCAGGGCUGGAUGUAUCUCAGCAUUAACCACCUCUGCUUUUAUUCCUUCCUCAUGGGACGGGAAGGUAUGAAUGAGAGACUUCCGUUUCUAUUGAUCUUUGUGUGUGUGUUUUGAAGUUGGUGGUUUAGAACGAUACACAUAGUCAUUGUUGGUGGACUUGAUGUAGUGCAGGAACUGGCAACAGCACAUGGACCACUAAACCAUGUUUUAUCCUUCUAGUUAGAGUUACCCAUUCAUUUUAAGUGUCACUUACGUGGAGACCUGAAACAUUCUGGCUUUAGGCUUAGUGUUACGGUGGCAAUAUAUGAUGCCCCAGAAGUAUGGCAAGGGGGCAAAGUGUCCCUUCCAAAAGCUGAUCAUGUUGAAGAAAGCCUGCUGUCACAUCCUCAUGGAUGUUGAGCAGAGGGAAAAGUGGCCUGAUGGUCUGAAGUGGCUGUGCUUAAUCCUCACUUGAAUGAGUUUUCAUUGCUCGGGUUUAAGAAACAGACACUGGGUGAUGUAUUUGUCAAGGAGUGGAAGCAAUAUAUAAGCAGUGAUUACGGAUAAAAGCGCUAAAUUGUAUACAAUUGAGUUUGUUCAUAAACAAUUUUAGUUUCUGCCUCAGGGCAGUUGGUGAUAACACAGGCACACACACAUUCACAGAACCUUCACCAUUUGUGUGGUCCCUCUCUAUAAGAUGUUUACAGCUUUAAACUGCAGAGCUAUCUGAUUAAUGGCACCUUGCCUGAUGAGCAGUCGGCUCAUCAACAUCCUACUGCCAGGAUAAUUACAGACAUUCUUACUUCCUGAAUCCAUCAUGAGAUUCACAGCAGUGGGGAACCUGUGGACUUAACAUGUUGUUUGAUUCAAAAUUCCCAGCCGCAGACAGCAUGCCAAGUGGUCAGGGAUGAUGGGAGUUGGAGUCCAUACACGCCUGGAGGGCCUCAGGUUCCCCAUUCCUGUCUAUAGUGUCUUGUGGUGUUUUUGCCUAUAGUGGAUUAAGUUACUGCAUGGAGCCCUAGAACUAAUUUAUUGUAUGUCUCAUACUUGUUUUUCCUCUUCCAACACUCUGGACUGAUUAGAAGGAGGUUUCAUUCUAGUGUACAUUGAGUGUAGGGACAGCUGGCUGAUAUGAGAACAUAAGCACAUAUUGUUCUUUCUGUAGUCCAGACAGAUGCCUCCAGGAAGCUUACAAGCAAGGCAUGAAUGGGAUAGCCAGUUCCUGUUGCUUGUGCACAGCAACCUGGCAUUCAGUGGUUAUAAUGCUAUUGUACUUGGUUCCAGUUAACUAUAUUGACUAUUAAUUGUAGAGAGUCUGAUCUUCUUUGAGCUUGGGCUAGUUCACAUUUAUAUGGGGUGAAGCACAGCAAGCCCAAACAAAGCAGCAGGCUCUUGCUCUCUCCCUCUUAUCCUCCCUGGAAGGAGGAAUUGCUAACUUGACUUCCAUUUUCAAAGUAUCUCAGCCUUAGAAUGAUGUGUGAACCAACCAAAGCUGGUUAGUUGUACAAGCUAGUCGAACAAUCCUGUUUGUUCACCCAUAGCUUGAAGUUGGCUUGUUUGCACACUAAACAUUGGUUGUGUAGAAUUUUGCUUUUUUAAAAAAGAGAGAUUAUUUGAAACUGAAAGUGUGCAUGGCAGAAUUCUUAAUUAUUGUUGUGUUUCUGACAAAACGGACCCACUAGCACCAAGUGCAGCACUGUACUGAGGCUGCAGUCCUAAACACAAUUAAAAUGGGGGGGAAACCACUGAAAGUAGUGAAACUUACUUCUGCAUAAACAUGCACUGUAGAGCCCUGAAACAAGAUAAUGGUAUAAGUGCAUAGUGUUGUUGAAAAGCUUGCUGUUUUAUCACCAGUGGUUUUUGGAUUUGAAAAUGUUGAGUGGUCUUGUUCUCUGCUUACUCUUGAUUUCUUUUCAUUAGCCAAGCUAGUCAUCCGGUGGGUUGACAUCACCCAGCUUGAGAAGAAUGCGACUCUGCUUUUACCUGAUGUGAUCAAAGUUAGCACAAGGUCCAGUCAGCAUUUCUUUUCAGUCUUCCUCAACAUCAAUGAAACUUUUAAGCUAAUGGAACAACUUGCCAACAUAGCCAUGAGACAGCUCUUGGACAAUGAAGGCUUUGAGCAAGACAGGUCAUUGCCCAGACUUAAAAAGAAGUCCCCAAAAAAAGUUUCUGCACUAAAACGGUAGGUUUCAAAGUCACUGUAUUCACAUAUAUCCCUGUAUUUCAAAGCUCUGUAUACAAUAAUAGCCCUGUCAAAAUAACAACAUUCUACAAUGGACUGUUAUAGGCCCUUUGACCUUAGUAGAAUGUAGUUAGAAUUAAGCAUGUAAAGACUGAAGCUGUUCGAAAUGGAGACUAAGGACUGGUGCAGAAGGUAAGGGCCUUUUUCUACGGUGGCACCCUGACUUUAGAAUGCUCUCCCCAGAAAGAGGCAUAUCACGUGCUUGACACUACAAGCUUUUUGUUACCAGAUGAAAACCUUCCAGGUGUUUUAAACACCUCCUGAACUUGAUUGAAGCUGGGGAAAGUCCUCCUCACCCAGCAAAGAAAACCAGUGGGCUUCUGAAGGAAGAAUGGAAGGCUUCAUCCUUCAUCCAGUGGCUUCUUACAUUUCCAUGCUGGCCUCUUCCUGUGCAUCCAGUAUAGAAAAGAAAAGGGCUUGUGGUGGAGAGAAGGAGCAGGCCUUCCGUCAGUGGCAGUCCUCUUUGUUUAUAUGCACAGGAGGCAAAGCUUCAUCCUGCAUGGAAGUGCAUUGGCACAAUAAAUGAGGAGGAGGAGUAGAAGGAAUGCAGGGAAUGCUCUGUUCUUCCUCCACCAACCUGCUGUGUUGCAACAUUUUUUAUUAGCCUGCUUUUUACUCAUAAGGGUAAAUAAAGAGAGCCAGCUGUCCUCUUAUAAGUAAAAAGCAGACAAAUAUUGCAGUCUAGUGACUUUAGUGGUGUAAUUUAUAAGGCUGUCAGAAAGCAUGAAUAUAAAUGAAGCAUACAAACAUCAGCACUGCUAUGACAGAUUUCUCCCAUAGAAUAUCAUUUCCUGGUGUUUUAUUUGUGCUUGUGCAGAAUUAAUUUACAGUGUACAUUUAUCUAAUCUGUUGAAGACAUACGCAUGCACAUUGAAUUUUAAUAUGAACAAUGAAACUUUAAACUGCUCACUUCAGGGAUCUUGAUGCCAGAGCAAAGAGUGAACGGUACCGUGCUUUGUUCCGGCUUCCAAAGGACGAAAAGUUAGAUGGACAUACCGAUUGUACCCUCUGGACUCCAUUUAACAAAAUGCACAUCUUAGGUCAGAUGUUUGUGUCUACAAAUUACAUCUGUUUCACUAGCAAGGAAGAAAACCUGUGCAGCCUCAUCAUCCCUCUACGAGAGGUGGGUAUCAAGUCCGGCCAUUUUUAUUAUACCAUGUAAGUCAAGUUUGGGAUGCGGAUGGCACUGUGGGUUAAACCACAGAGCCUAGGACUUGCUGAUCAGAAGGUCGGUGGUUCGAAUCCCCGCGACGAGGUGAGCUCCCGUUGCUCGGUCCCUGCUCCUGCCAACCUAGCAGUUUGAAAGCACCUGAAAGUGCAAGUAGAUAAAUAGGUACUGCUCCGGUGGGUAGGUAAACAGCGUUUCCGUGUGCUGCUCUGGUUCGCCAGAAGCAGCUUAGUCAUGCUGGCCACAUGACCUGGAGGCCGUACGCCGGCUCCCUCGGCCAGUAAAGCGAGAUGAGCGCCGCAACCCCAGAGUCGGCCACUGCUGGACCUAAUGGUCAGGAGUCCCUUUACCUUACCUAAGUCAAGUUCACGGGCUCCUUUGCUUCCAGGGAGCAUCUCAGCAAUGAACUCCAUUGCUUGCUUAGUAUAAUUUACAACAAACUGGCACUGUCUCUGCAUUAGGAUCCCUCCAUUUCUGGUCCUGUUAUUAUUAUUAGUAGUAGUAGUAGUAAUAGUAGUAGUAUAAGUCAUACAUAAAAAGGACCUGUUGGGAAGUUUGCUGGGAAUUGCAAGUGGGGAGAGUGUUGUUGUGUUCAGGUCCUGUUUGUGAACUUCCCAUAGACAUCUGGCUGGUCACUGUAAGAACAGGAUGCUGGACUAGAUGGGUCAUUGGCUUGAUCAAGGGCUACUUUCAUGUUCUUAGGAAGGACUAUUAAAACACUUUCCCUUUUAAUUGGAAAUAUGCAUUGUUAAUGUGGCUCUCUUGCAUUAUGGACAGAUCUAUAGCUUAUAUAAAGGAAGUAAGAACCUGGUUGGGAGAAGUAUUAAGACAAUAUCAUUUAAGUAACUGAGACAUAGCUGCUGAUAUUUCAAUACAAUUUAAUAGGAUAUGUUAAAUGAAAGGGAGGAUGGCAACAAAUUACCCUUUCUGCUAAUGAAACAUUAAAACUCUGUAAUAAUUCUUGACCAUAGAUCAUUAAAAUAAAAAACCCUGCAAACUGAAACUAAAGCCUCUGUACAUUGAAACUCCUAUUAUCCUGAAGUGCCUAAUGCAAUUUUUAUUGCUUCUGAUAAGCUAUCUGGAAGCAGUGGUUUAAAGCUUUUUAAAACUUUUCUUCAUGGUCUUCAGAAGGGUCUUUGAGCAUACUGUUUUCAUUUCUAACUAAUGCACUGUUCCUGAAAUUAAAAUCUCACAACUACACACACACACAGAGAGAGAGAGAGAGAGAGAGAGAGAGAGAGUUACACAGUUAACUGUACAUGAGCCAAUGUUAAGACUUAGGAGCAGGACCAUAUCUCAGAAAUAGAACCAUAUUUCACAUACAGAAGGUCCUUGGUUCAGUCCCUCUCAUCUCUAGUUAAAAGUGUUCAAGCAGCAGAUGAUAAUGAGAGACCGUGUCGAAUCAUUGCCAUUCAGGAUAGGCAAUAUUGGUUUAGAGAGAGAAACUCUCUGACCUAGUAUUAGGCAGUUUUCUAUAUUCCUGGCAUUAGCACAGUUUGGGGCACGAGACUGUCACUAAAUGAGACAACCUGUCUCCAUACUACUCUUAGGUUUCUGCUACCACCUUGUACCUUGCUUUUGCUCUGGCCAGUUUUUUUUCCUGAAAUGCAGAUUUCCUAAAUGUCUGAAACAUCAUCGUUGCAAGGGCUGAAUUGCUAAAUCGCAGUAGUGCUCCUUUCGAGGGAUAUUUACUCACUUCUUUGCUGAGUAACAAAAUGUUAUAGCUCUCAGAGUUCCUGGAAGAAAAUCGUACCUCUUCCCUUAAGCCCUCACCCUUAGGUGCCUCUGGUAGGCCUGCUCAGACUGAUAGAUCUCAUAGAUUAUUUAGUCUUAUAUCAUAAGACGGUGAUCCUUGUGCAGCUCCAGAAGUGUGCAGAAAUGGGUACAUGGAAAGGCCAUAAGAUAUUCAGCUUCACUGCUGUGAGGGUGCCUUAGAAAAUGAUUAGUUAAUCCAAUUGUAUUUAAGAUUGUGCCAUUGCCAGAUGUUGUUGGAAUAUGACCAAUUGUAUGUGUGUAUUUUCUUUUGCCCUCCUCUCUCUUAGGUGACUAUUGUAGAAAAGGCUGACAGCUCUAGUGUAUUACCUAGCCCAUUGUCUAUUAGCACCAAAAAUCGAAUGACAUUUCUCUUUGCCAAUUUAAAAGACAGAGACUUCCUGGUUCAGAGAAUUUCUGAUUUUCUCCAGCAAACUACUUCCAAAAUAUACUCUGAAAAAGAGAUUUCUGGCAGUUACAACAGCUCAGAUGAUGAGGUGAGUAGAUGACACCAAUGUCAGGAAGUAUUCAGUUAAUUUCAGAUUAGUAAAAUUAUAUAAUUUCAAGUAGCUGCUCCCAAGUAAUAAAUUCAGUGUAAAGAUUCCUUUUUGCAGAACUCCAUUGACAUGAGGUUGUUUUGAUCUUCUUAAUAAAUUGCUGAGCCAAACAUUUAGGUUGGCAUAUGGUUAAACCCUCUCAUGCCCAUCUUCCAUCUAAGAAUGCACAUCAACCAUUGACUGUUUGGAAAUGCUUUCAUAUCAGUCUUUUCCUGGACAUGUAAAAAUUGCACAUUGGGCAGAAGGCUGCUGCUGCAUUCGGAUAGUGUAGGGUGUAAAAUUGUGUAUCAUGUACUUCCCUGAAAAUCUUAUGUUGGCUUUUAAGAACAUGUAUGAUCAAGGUUUUGUGGGAAAGAAAGCUGCUUGGACAUAAUAAAUGCCAUCUGAUAGCAUAAUGGCACCUCUGAUAGCUGCAUCCACAAAGCAGUUAUGGGUAUAUCUAUGGAAAUAUAUGCUAGUCCAUAUGAUAGAGGACAUAGUCUACACAGAAAAAAGUCUUUACACCAUGUUAUCUACUUGCCACACAGUUGCCCUGUGACUUGCAUGUAUCAGAGGUGCCCGUUCACUGCAUCAAAAGCCUUUUCCAUACCACAAAACUUAUAAAUGAGUGGUGUCAGGGCUCCUAAAGUUAUGCUUUGACUCAGAACCCCUGUUCCCUAAUACAAGAGGGUUUGGAGAGGAGCUGUGGCUACAUUCAAGUAAUGAAAAAAAGAUCUUUGCCCAUAAUUAGAGGCACUAUCCUGUUGUUUCACAUUUUCUUGAAAUCUGAAACAGAUAUCAGGAUUGAGCUCAAAUCAACCGGGGUUGAAUAUUUGUUUCUGCACUUCUCAUGUAGUGCUGAAGGGCUAUGUCAGCAAUAUGGGGACAGCCUGUUUUAGCAUGUCUUAAUAUCCGCCCCCCCUCAAAAAAAAAAAAAAAAGACUGCUUAGCUGAUUACAUUGGCCCAAUUUGGCCAAAUCAUGGAGCUUCAAGUUCAUAGCAGUGGUGGUGGGAGUGGUGGCACUAUAGCUUACCUGGACAGGGCUAGGGGCAGGAUGAUGGCCUGCUCAGGUUUGCAACGGUGCAACUAAUUUAGCACUCCUGGUGCUGCAUCUGAACAGCCCCAGCCCUUGCCUAACUCUGCCAAGGUAAGCUGUAGCAAGGCCAGUACUGGGAGGAUGGCUUUAUGGCUCUGCCUCACCAUACUGACCAUUAGCGCUUUGCAUACUUUGGUUUCCUCAAUUAUAAGAUUGCUUGGGUGUGUGGGAACCAAAAAACACACAGGCCAAAUACUCAGGUGCAUAACUACAACCUGUGGUUUGGUAUUGCAUCGUAAACCACGUCUAUGUGUAUAUUUGAAUUAGACAAAGACACAGUCUGGCGCAUGGAGACUGAGUAAUCUCAUCAGCAAUUGUUAACUCUGCAUCCCAGAACCUUGGUUUCAGAAAAAACAAGUAUCCUCUAUUAAAAGAGGUUAUCUGCUUUUAAGGUUAAAUGUUGGGAAGGGGAGAGGAAAUAUUUACCCAUAUUCAGAAGAUACCCUCUUGUCUGGAAAGUUGCCUAAUGCUGGUGUCAGCAAAAUGCCAGCUAUUGACUGCUGAAUGUAUGCCAACUUGGAAAUGAAAUACAAGGCAGUAAAAACCCAGCAGAAAGUAGCAUGAUGGAGUGCACAUAAAAUUGCAGUAAUUAAUUAUAAAAGUAAUUUGUUUAUAUUACAAAUGGAUUCUAAUGAGCUUGGAGAAAUGACCAAAUGACCAAGACUGAAGAUUUUAAGACAUAGUGUCUAUCUUAUCAAAUCAUAAAAUUAUGGUCAGAUUUUUUUAAAAAAAAAGUGGCAACAAGCAAUUUAAAAGUUUACCUCUUUGAAUCAGAUGAUUUAGUUAACUGUAUUUGUCUUUUGACAUGUGCUAUUUUUGAGCAUGACUGAUUUAAUAAUGGCUGGAAGUAUAAAUACUUUCACAGUCUUGGAAAGGUCAGUAAGCUGUCAAUGGUCCCUCAGUUCCUGCUUUCGGCGCAGUCUGGUCAUGGGGCUUCUUUCAGCUGUGGGUCCAAACAACUUGUGAUACACCAAGCCAAGUUCCCAAAGGGGUAGCCGUGUUAGGUUGUUGCAGCCAAAACAGCAGAAUUUUGUGGUACCUUAAAGACUAACACAUGUAUCAUGGUAAAGGCUUUUCCCACAAACUUUGGCAGACAGGGAAAAGCAACUAAGACAGUGAUGAUUUGUGUUAAUGCUCAAGUGUAUGCAAAAUAAUUACUUAGAUAUUCAUGAAACACUGUUGAUAACAGAAGCAUCCUGGCACUGAUAAAUUAAUUCAACACCUGUAGUGGGAUUAGAACCUGUUAUUUCAAUUCAAGCCACAGGGGAUAGAUUGAACAUCUUGAAAGUGCUAAUUCAGCAGCUUUUACCCUACCCUGAAAUUUUACCCUACCCAUCAAAGUUCCAUUGUUUGGUUUGGUCUCUAAGAUACCACAAGACGGUUUGUUGUUUUCCCCACAUUAAACACAAUCCUCCAGGCAUGGAUGGCAGUAGACUUCAUGCACAGUAAGCUUCCGCCUGGAACUAGGAAGUCAGAGGGGACACAUAAGGGCAUUGAAAAGCUAGAGACUUCUCUGUCUCUUUAAACACUUUUUUAAAAAGUCAUUAAAAUCAAUUUAACUUAAAACGGCAGUGUUGAAAAGCUGUUCACCAUUCUUGCUUGGAGAUCCUUUCUCGUUUCUGCUUCCCCUUUAUUACCUCCCAGACGAAUCUGGUUGCAGUUUGGCUUCCAUCUUUUAUGUUUUUAAGGUGAUCACUUUCACACUGUCCACAAUUGCUAGCAGCACAGAACCAUGGUUUACCACUACCUGGAUGAGACCCAGCAUGCUCCCCUUCCAAGGGAUCCUGGGUUAUUAAGCUGGCCAAUUAAACUAACCAGAGGUUUGUUGCCUUUGAUUUUUGUUUCAUUUUUUAAAACCAGGGUCCCAGGUUCACUCAGACUCAUUCUGGCUCAUCCACAUAGAGCUAAACCACAGAUUAGUGCAGCAUAUGAAUACGGCUACUGUCCCAGGGACACAGUCUGACAGAUAUGCAUGGCGCUGCAUCCAUUGAAUUGCCAGACUACUAACAGGAGGAUAUGAUUACAGGAGCGCCACAAGAGGCCCACUGCAAUAUUGCUUCCCCAACAAGCCGAGCAUCUCUGAUAAGAGAGCUGUUGCACAUUUAGUUUGCCCAGUGCUUUUACCAAUUAAGUUUCUGGGAGCUGUUAUUUAUACAGAGCUCCUCUUUAAUAAUAAUAAUAAUAAUAAUAAUCUCCGAAGGUGCAAAUGUCUUCUGGCAAAUAGCUGCUCUGGCUUUGUGGACCACAAUAUCCUUCAGAACUAGCAUAAUUUUAUUGCUCUUCUAAAUCAGCUCUUAGAUUGCUCCUAGGUACAUAUUUUUAAUAACCUUGCCAGUGGAAGUUCAUAAACAUAUUAUGUUGCUCAUUGAAAACCUUCCACUUCCAGUCAAAUAAUGUGGUGCGGCAUUGGGGUGUGGGAUACUAUAGAAAACGUUUAAAAAAUAUUUUAUGGAAGGAUUGAAUGCUUUACUGCUUGGAUGCAUUUGUGCUCCUUGGAGCUUGUUUCUGUUGUCGGUCCUGAAAUCCACUGCAGUUUCUUUAUGAUUUUCACAGGAACUCAGCAUUGCAAACAACCAUGGUGCAGGCUUCUAAUUUGAAGGGGUUCAGGCUUCUGACUCGAGUGCCGUGGGUGGGGGUGGGCCAUGCCUUUGAAGCUUCAUGGCAGAAUACAUUUGGCCAAAGUGGAUUGUCUGCUGCAGUGCUGCAGUCUGGCUGCCCUUUCCUUUCCCACCCUCUGUAGUUCCAAUUACUCGAGCUCAGCACAAAGGCUGGCAGCGGAGAAGGGUAGGCAGUGUGACAGGAGAAGAGGCGCGGGCCAAACUGCUUCCUGACAUGUAGCUAUUUAAAAACUCAGAAAGCCCUUGUGUGCAUCUGCAAUUCGCAACUCGGUGGGUACCACUACUCUAGCACGGUGGAAACAAACUGAUCCUUGCCCUUUUCCUUCCCGCACCUGAACAGUUCAUAAAAUUGUGGGGAUUUCCCCUCUCCUCCAUUCAGGUAUAUUCAAGGACAAGUAGCAUUCUCUCCUCAAGCCCUCAGAGAAGCCUUAGUUCCGAAGCAGAUGGAGAGCGGCAGUUCAACCUGAAUGGCAACAGCAUCCCAACUGUAACCCAGGCACUCAUGACCAUGUACCGGAGGCGUUCACCUGAAGAAUUCAACCCUAAAUUAGUAGGUCACGCCGCCUUCUUUCCUUUUUUUUUAGCUCUCAUUUAGAUUACUGCAUUAAUUGUUAACAGAUGUGAACUAUACCUUCCUCAUACCAGCAGCGGGCAGGAACAGAUGCAGGAGUGGGCAGAACAAGGUGACUCUUACCUUGGCACAGCAGGUUACACUCCAGCCCUGCCAGAGUGUCACAGGUUGCUACACACACCGGUCAUCUUCCAUCCAGGCAGGCGAAAGGCGUCAUAGCAGCUCAAGGGCACAUUGUACCCAGGCAAAAGCACUCAUGUGGUGUUUGGGACGGAGUGGGGCCAAAAAGAGAUGCCUAAAAGGCUACAUUUGGCCGCUGGGCCUGAGGUUCCUCCCCACUGACUUAGACCUAUUAAUUUUCCAUAUGGAUUCUGUUGUCAACAAGGUGGAGGGAGAGAUUGAUGGGGAUCCCAAGGGUGGGGGAGCCUCAGGCCCAGAGACUAAAUGCAGCCCUCGAGGCCUCUCGCUGGCCCUUGGAUCUCUCUAAAGGUCCCCCGCCCCCCCCCCCCGCAGCAACAUUCUUCUUGAGUGUUUUUGCCUGGCUGAAAUGUGUCCUUGAACUCUCAUUAUUCUCCAUCCAGGAAAGCAAAAAGGGCUGAGAAAUUGAUGUGUGUUUGUGUAGGAAACUCACCUACUACUGUACAAAGGUAAUUUGCACACCUUGCUGUACCCACUCUUGCCACUAGCCAUGCCCGCCAUGGGUAUGUAGCCCGCAGAAGUUUUCCCAGAAGGGAAUGUGGCUUUUGGGUGGAAAAUGUUCCUCGUCUGCAUGUCAUUUUAGUGUAUUUUGAAAUCAUCAUGUCAUAAUAGUUAGUGCUUGUAGCUUUUUUGCAAAUACGUCUGUACAUGGGGACGUACAUAAAUGCUUAGGAGGCGACAUCAAGAUGAGAAAAUGUCAUGUUAAAAAUGAGUAUACUGAGAAAGCUUUGCUGAAACACCACUCUUGAUAAUAAAAUUAAGGAUUAAAUGACAUUUGGGGGGGUGGCUUCUUCUUUUGCAUUACAGGAUUGUGUUACACAGCGUUUUUAGUUCUGUAUAUCGUACUCUCCAUUAUUUUUAAGGCAAAAGAAUUUUUGAAAGAACAAGCUUGGAAGAUUCAUUUCGCAGAAUAUGGCCAAGGCAUCUGUAUGUAUCGGACUGAGAAAACAAGAGACCUUGUGCUGAAAGGUAUUCCGGAAAGCAUGAGGGGGGAACUCUGGCUACUCCUGUCAGGUGGGUAUCAGUAGAUAACAUUGUUUUAUUAAUGGUAAGUCAAAGGUUUCCCAUAUGAUCUUUUUCCUUCUGUGGAGUUCAUUAUGUCAGUGCCCUAGUGGACAUGUUGGCUGCAGAUAAAUGGAGAUUGACAAUUGCACUCCUAAGUUUGUUUACUUAGAAGAAAGUCUCUCUGGGGAAUUUACUUGCUGGUAAUUGUGUUUAGGAUUGUGGCCUAAAUUGGUGAGGUAUAUUUUACCAACCAGUGAAAACGAAAUAAGAGAUUUGGAAGUUCAACUUCUUGGCUUGCUAUUCACUGCAGGAAACUAUUUUUCUUUUGGGUCAAUCAAUAGUGUCUGCCUGGUAGCCCAAAAUAAUUUUGCUUCAGAAGAAGUGUACAGCAAAGCAUAUAAAAGGGCCCUUCACACUUCUCCUCUGUGAUGUAGGCAUAGGUGUCAAGUUCCACAAGGAAUUUAGUUAACAGCAGGCAGGUGGACUAAUUUGUACUUCAUUAAAUUGCUAGGGAUUGGUUUUUUUUAAAUUAGAGAGAAAUGAACUUACCAGUUAAAUCUGUUCUCCUGGGUUGAAAAAAGGAGCAGUGAGAGCUUUGUCCAUGCACCUGAACAGACACUUCCAAUGCCCUACCGUUUUUGCUUUAUAUGCAGCACCAAGACAGAGAGAGACGGAACAAUAGAAUUCUCAGUUUGUGCAGCCAAUCUGGGGUCAGCUGAGGAUGCCUUGCUGAAGUACCCCCAAAUCAUGGAGCCAGCAGUGGGACUUAUAACUCAAAGCAGGCUUUUUGUGGGCUUACAUAAUAGGCGUGAGAAACUAUUAAGGGGAUUGCAAAUUUCUUAUGACCUAUUUAUAAGUAGCUUACCACAGAACAUAAAACUGCAUUCUGCUAUCUUAUUUGAAUGAACAUUUCCCUCUCUCUCCCUCUUCCUCUCUCUCUCUCUCUCUCUGUGUGUGUGUGUGUACACAGAAACACAAACACACUUGUUAGUAUGACUGUAUUUGGGGUUGUAUACAGAAUAUCUUGGAUCCCUCACAGUAGGCUUGCCACUAAGUCUGCAAAACUUUUCAUAGAAGAGGAGGCAGGUGUGUUAACUCACUGUGGUAAACCAAAGGUCUAUGACAGUUAACUUGAGCGUGGGAGGUUUUGUAAGAAUAGGACCUGAUUAUUGUACUCAGUGGCUGAAAUCCAAAGAAUCACUUCAGGCACAUUUGAAUGGUGAGAGAGUUUUUUGAUUAUUUUAACAGCAAACCCUUAUGCCAUAUCACAGACUUUGUGAAAACCUUCUUAGCUUCAAAAAUGAUUUGCCAAUUAGCAUUGCGGGUGAGGGGGGGCAUGUCCUUCUUGGGCAUGCACAACCCACUGUGCAGCUGUUUUGGAUCCUGGCCUAUAUCUGUAACCUACUUUCUCUUUUGUCAAUUUUGCUCUGUUGCAUUUUUAGGAGCUAUUAAUGAAAUGGCCACCCACGCUGGCUAUUAUGAAGACUUGGUGGAGAAGUCUAUGGGGAAAUACAAUCUCGCCACAGAAGAGAUUGAGAGGGAUUUGCACCGCUCUCUCCCAGAGCAUCCUGCAUUCCAGAAUGAGAUGGGUAUUGCUGCUCUGAGGAGAGUACUAACUGCUUAUGCAUUUAGAAAUCCAAACAUAGGAUACUGCCAGGUAAUUCAAACUCAUUUCAUUUUGAAGAACCCAAAUUCCUUCACUCAUCCCUCUAUUUAUUGUUGCACACAGAGGCCAAACCUUCCGUGCACUUAUGGUAAAUUUGAUCUAGUAGAGUAAGUUGGAAAUUUUAAAUCUUCCUGGAAUUUAACAAGUGGGACUUGCAGCAAAAUGGUGCAAUAUAUGAUCCCUUAUAACAGGAAUUCUCCUUUUCAAGGUCCAGCCAAGCAGGACAUUCAACUCUUCUCUCCUCCCCCCACACUUGGGUCUUUUCUGGUUUUCAUUUCCAACUGACACUGCUGAAUAUACUCAUAUGGUCAUUGGGCUUGUGUGCAUCUGGAUGUUUAAGAUUUUGUCUUUAAGAUUUUUGGGGUGGGGUAGAACUUCUGCAAACCUCAGGGAUCCCUUAGCAUGCUGAUACAUCCAUCUUGUGGCUACUACAGAACCACCAGCAUCCACCACCUGGUUUGCCAUUAAAGGGAGUGACUUUGAUUUAAAACUGGUGACUGAUUUAAAACUGCUGUUAUGUAGUAACACAGUAGACUACUUCUCCAUUUUUAGUCACAUAUCUUGGACUUUGAAAAGCAUGGCUUUUGCCUCUGCACAUUUCCAAGGGAAUGGGAAAUGAGGGAGACUGAGAGAGAGAGAGAGUGUGUCAGUGUGUGAUAACUUGUUGACGUUGGCCAGGCUGCAUGGUUCAACAUCUUCGAAAAAUACUUUGUGGAAUCACUUGCUACUUUCUGAAACUAGGCCCAAACUAGGGCUGUUGUUGAUUGACUCUGUUAUCUAGACCAUUUAACAUCUAGUAUAUGUACUUUUGAAUGUACUUUUUUCUAGGCCAUGAAUAUUGUUACAUCGGUACUGCUUUUGUAUGCAAAGGAAGAGGAAGCAUUCUGGCUGCUUGUGGCUUUGUGUGAGCGCAUGCUGCCAGAUUACUACAACACGAGAGUUGUUGGUAUGUCAAAAGAGACUUGUAAGAGCAUAAUCACCGGGAAUUUCAGACCUAAUUCUUAAGCUGCCGGAAAGUGAGGUUUGGUCUGCCAAUGGGGGAGGGAUACUUGAAUUCAUUGAUACUGAAUGACAUUUGAGUGACUGGGCUUCUGCCUUGUGUUUUGGAGAACUGCCUUUUAUAUCUUGUUUCACAUCAUGUCCAAACAUAGCCAUUCCGUAUUUUGUUUCUAGUCUAUAAAAUAUAUUUUUUGUUUUUAGUCUGCAAAAGUCAAAAUCAAUCAAGACCUUAUGUUAUUAUGAUGAUCCAAUUAGAGCAAUAGGACCCAGAGUAAUGGAUUUUUGUAAUGUUUGUCAGUUGCAUGAAGCAGAUUCUUUUCAAUACAUAAACACAAAAAGUAAAUUAAUGAUGAAAGGAUGAUUCCUGAGUGGCAAGAUAUUGUAAUGUAGUUCAGUGUAAGCUAAUUGCAAAAUGAUUCCACACUGCUUUUCUAGAUAGGCUUAAAUGCACGUUCUAUGAAUCAACAUUUCAUAUAUGUCAAAUACUGAUUAUGUCUCGCAGGAGCUCUGGUGGAUCAAGGUGUCUUUGAAGAGUUAGCUCGAGAUUAUGUUCCACAAUUAUAUGACUGUAUGCAGGACUUGGGGGUCAUCUCCACUAUAUCCCUUUCCUGGUUCCUCACACUCUUCCUCAGUGUAAUGCCCUUUGAAAGUGCCGUGGUUGUUGUGGACUGUUUCUUCUAUGAAGGCAUAAAGGUGAUAUUCCAGUUGGCGCUGGCUGUGCUAGAUGCAAAUGUUGACAAGUUGCUGAAUUGUAAAGAUGACGGGGAAGCGAUGACAGUGCUUGGAAGGUAAGUUUUGCCUUUGGGAAUCUCAUCUAGUCCAACUCCCUGCAAUGCAGGAAUCUCAACACAAAGCGCCCCCCCCAUCCAAUUUGAAACCAUACAGGACCCUACUUAGCUUUUUGCAAAUGUGCUAGCAGUUUUAUUGUUAACUAGGAUGGUUAAAUAUUUAAAUAUUUCCCCACAGCUUCUUCCCAGCACUGUAAUUGUUAUACAUUAAGUCUAGACUAUUUCAUUGUAAUGUUGAAUUUAUAAGAUACGUAUUGAACUGUUUUUUUGCUUUGUUUGAAUUUAUAAUGUCUUAUAACAAAUGUGCUUUUACGUAUUCCAAUUGUUAUAUAUGUUGACAGUAAGUAGAUGUUUGGUGUGAGCUACUUUCAGCACAGUUCCAUAUGGAAAAGCAGCAUAUACAUAAACUAAGCUUAAAAUAUCUUGCAGUUGUGACCGUCGUACAUAAUGCUCUUGCAACACACCACUCCCCCAUUUAGAUCAGUAACUUUGCAUUGCCAAAAGGGCUUUCCAUGUAAUAAAGGGAAAGCAUAGCCAUUAAAUGAAUAACUUUGGCUCAUCGUGUUCUGUCUCCCUAAUUAGCCACUCACUAGCAUUGGAGCAGCUUUGCUUGAGUCUGUUCCCCCCCCCCGCCCCCCAUCUCUGGCACUAUGAUUUGAUUUCAUUAGAAAGAGCUGCCUUAGCGGAGCCACUAACAUGAUUCAGUGCCACGUAGUACUGACAGUGCUGAACUGGCAACAGCACCCAAAGCAAAGUCUUUCCCAGCUCUGUUACUAAGGGCUCAUACUGAGAAAUUACCCAGGGAUCUCAUGCAUGCAGAGCAUAUGCAUUGCAACUCAGUUAUAUGGCACAGUCUCUUGAUACAGACUGAACAACAGUCCAAGCAAGCCCAUAGAAUUUACUAGCCUCAAAUGAUUUUACUAGCCUGUUGGAAUGGCAGCUGCAUUUGCAUGCUGGGUUCAGAAAAUGGGACUUUCCUCCUCUAGCAGCCCACUUGGUUUUCAUGCUGGGUUGAGAGGAGGGAUGUCACACUCAGUCCAUUCUCCGCUAGCCCACAACAUUCACCCUUCAUGGCAUUCCUGAUAGCCUAUGGCAGGCAUAGGCAAAUUUGGCACUCCAGAUGUUUUGGGACUUCAAUUCCCAUCAUCCCUGACCACUGGUCCUGUUAGCUAGGGAUCAUGGGAGUUGUAGUCCCAAAACAUCUGGAGGGCUGAGUUUGCCUAUGCCUGGCCUAUGGCUACUAGGCUGGUGCUUAAAUUCAGGUCUGUCUUAUUCAGAGUUUAGUCGCAGGUUAUGCUGUUCUCCGGGAAGCGUUUUCUUCCACACGAUUUUCUGUGGCUGUCCAAAAGCCAGACAUCCUACUGCUUGACUUCCAUCAACAAACUCUGCCAACAUUAUUAUUUUCGUUUAGCUAACUGGAAGGGAGCAGCUGAAUAGCCUUAGCUGAGCCAUUAUCUCCCAGUCUCCAUCACAAACACAAGGUUGUUUAGUAAUGGUCUCCUUUACAGGGUUGAUGCUAUAAUCUGCAAUCAUUUGGAGUUCAUUCUGAGCUGUUUAGGAACAUUGGAAGCUGCCUUUAUUCCCUCAGACCAUUGGUCCAUGUAGCUCAGUAUUGUCUACCCUGACUGGCAGUGGCUUUCGAGGGCUUCAGGCAGGGGGCAUUUCCAGCCCUUACCUGGAGAUGCCCAUACUAAGCACUGUUACAAACCCGAACUUGGUGGGUGUGAGUAUUUUAAAUAAACUUUGGGGGAGAAAUGGAAUGUACGGUGCUUUUAAGCUUGGAUUAAUUUUACACGCAAAGACAUGCCUUACAGUGCUUCCAUCUGAUUUCUUUUCCCACCUGUAGGUAUUUGGACAGCGUGACCAAUAAGGACAGCACUCUGCCACCAAUUCCUCACCUUCACUCACUGCUCAGUGACGAUGUAGGGCCUUAUCCUGAGGUGGAUAUCUUCAGGCUCAUCAGAACUUCCUAUGAGGUGAUUUGACAAAAAAUAAUAAUCAGCGAUUAAAUGUAAAAAUGUGAGGAAACAAACACAAAAACAAGCAACAUGUUAGGCUCCACACUGUUCUAACUCCAGGUCAUGUAUGAGUAUAUUAAAAAGUGCAGGUCCCAAUAUUGAUGCUUCAGGGAUUCUACUUCUCCCGUCCCUCCAUUUUGAGAACAGUCCCAUUUAUUCCUGCUCUUUGCUUCCUAUUCUUUAACCAGUUACAGAUCUGACUGUCUAGGUUUACAGCAAAGCUGAGUGAUAAUUUUUCCCUUUAGAAAUUUGGAAGCAUACGGGCAGAUUUGAUUGAACAAAUGAGAUUCAAACAGAGAUUGAAGGUGAUCCAGACUCUAGAAGACACGACCAAACGCAAUGUGGUAGGUUCUUGGAGUGCUAUUUUAAUCAAUUGUCUCUUGAGUUUUGAUUUCUAAUGCCUCACAUGCGCCUUAACUCUUUCUGCUUACACAUUUUGAAAGGUACGAACCAUAGUGACAGAAACCUCUUUUACAAUAGAUGAGCUGGAGGAGCUCUAUGCUCUUUUCAAGGUAAAUUUGAAAUAGCUGUCUAGUUCAUUCAUUGUUCAGUAGUAUUAUGUCGGUUUCCUGUGUACCCUUCUAUAAGUGUUGCCUGUGUACCCUUUCACUGAUUUCAGUGAAAUUUCAGUUGAUUGUCAAAACAGUUUGAAGAAGGAAAAAACCAUAAGCUGUGUUUGAGUUCAACCCAUAAUGCAGAAGCAACUAUUUCACUUCCACUUUGAUGGUAACUAUGUGGAUGGAAUAUUUUAAUUAAAGUAAGUGUAGAUUGGGAAAUGAAACCAACCAUAUAAUUGUCAUGUAGAUGCUCUUUCACACUGGUAAUCACAAGCAGUAAUUGUUUUUCUUGUGGUUGUUGUUUUAAAAACCCAGUAACUUUUUGCAAAAACACCAUUGCAGUAUUUGUAGAAAAAGGAACUCAGUAGCAACCCAGAGAGCUCAGAUCCAUGACACUUGUUAUUGUUGUUGUUGUUGUUGUUUUAUUUAUUUAUACAUACAUACAUGCAUACAUACUCUUCCCAUCUGGCUGGGUUUCCCCAGCCACUCUGGGCAGCUUCCAACAGAAUACUAAAAACAUGAUAAAAGAUCAAAUAUUAAAAACUUCCCUAAACAGGGCUACUUUCAAAUGUCUUCUGAAAGUCAGAUAGUUGUUUAUUUCCUUGACAUCUGAUAGGAGGGCGUUCCACAGGGCGGGUACCACUACUGAGAAGGCCCUCUGCCUGGUUCCCUGUAACCUCACUUCUCGCAGUGAGGGAACCACCAGAAGGCCCUCAGAGCUAGACCUCAGUGUCCGGGCUGAAUGAAGGGGGGUGGAGACGUUACUUCAGGUAUACUGGGCCAAGGCCGUUUAUGUCAAUUACUAGAGCAAGGUCCCCAUAGCCAUGGUAUAAUGGAAGCUGAGAUGUAUAUCAGUACAUAUGGCCGAAUCUGAACUUCACUCCAAUGGGCGGGAGCAUCAUCUGUGUGGAGUUCAACUUGAGGGACAGCCCCACUGGCAGAGGGUGGAAGAAACUGACUCAAACCCUCAACAUCACCUCCCAUACUGUUAUUGAGGGUUGGGGAUCCUCUGGAACUGUAUAAGAGGAGAGCUGGCACUCCUUCUGUCGCCACCACAUUACUAGUGGGAUCCCUGCACUUGAUCAAAAGCCUUCCAUGAAUGGAAGGAGCCUUUCUGUCUGCAGAAGGCAAAGUCUGGAUAGCAUCCUUUUCUGCCUGCACAGGUUAAUAAAUCUUGAGUUUCAGACAAGAAAAGCAGGUUAUAAAUGUAAUGAAAUCAGUCGAUCAAUAAAACGCUUUUACAUAGAUGCAAGAUUUGAACCGGGCAAGCUGGACUCUUCUUUUCCAUGGUUGACAGUCAUGUCCCUGAUCGUUACUCACAUGUGUGGAGAGGGGGUGUAUAACCAGUGUUUCCAUAGCACCUGUUAACUUUUCAUAAUAGAAAAGAUUCUGUGACUACAAAAGGUAGAUGGUAUAAUUAGGUUUUGUGUUACGGUUGUGCUCUAUGGAGAAUGGGUUAUCCUGGUACAUAGGUGCCAACUCCUAGGGGCUGAGAUUCCUUCAGCCACCCCAGUAAAAUAUUUGAGGGGGCCAUUCCUCCCCCUCCCAGUUGAUGGGCAUUGCCAUUCAAAUAGUGUGCCAUGUCAUGUGAUCGAUUAUGCAGGGUGGGGCUUACCUGGGUCCCCUCCCAAUAUUUUACUCAAGUUGGCAUCUCUGUCCUGGUAUAGCAGUAAUAGUCCUGUAAUGUUAAGCACUCUGUGUGCCAACUCUAAGUCAGGUGAAAUUUGUCAACAAUUGCAUUUGUUCAAAAGUAGCAUAAAUCAUGAUGGCAGAUGCUGCUGCCAGAAGAGAUGUGAAUAUUGUCCUAAUAAUGCCAAUGUCGUGUGCCUUGCUUUUCUUCAGGCAGAGCAUCUCACUAGCUGCUACUGGGGAGGCACCAGCAAUGCCACUGACCGCCAUGACCCAAGCUUGCCUUAUUUAGAACAGUACCGCAUUGACUUUGAACAAUUCAAGGGCAUGUUUGCUCUCCUCUUUCCUUGGGCCUGUGGUACUCACUCUGAUGUUUUGGCAGCACGCUUGUUCAGAUUGUUGGAUGAAAACGGAGAUUCCUUAAUCAACUUUCGGGAAUUUGUCUCUGGACUCAGUAAGAAGAAUGCAUGUAUUUAACUGCUUUACUAAACCUGAGGCCUGUCUCUCCCAGUUGCAUUAACUGUGAAAUCAUUGGCUUGGUAUGCAGCCUUAUGUGAGAUAAUUGCAUUUUAAAAGGCUAUAUACACAUGUGCUCUCAUAACCUGGAUAUGUUUAUAUCACUGGCAGUCAUUUUAAAGCAAUAGGUUAUUAGGAGCAAUUACUAUUCUCUCCCCCCCCCCCCAAAAAAAACCCCAUUCAAUUAUAUAUUUUUGAAUGUAAUAGAAGGGAAAUAUCAGAGCUUAUACCUGUUAACCUGCAGUUUUUAUUUGGAUUUGGAUUCUGCCAUUAAAUAAAAUAGAUAUUUAUUGUGUAGUAAUUACAUAAUAAGCCACAAUCUAAACGCAUUGGAACGCUUGAAGUGUGUAAAGAAUUUGUCAUUCCAAAAGCCAAGCAACAUCUGAAUUGCGCUCAGCACAUUAAUGCCUCAAUAUCUUGUGAUUAAGAAUUUUAAAGAGGUACAUUGUAUGCCAGUAACGUUUGCUCAUGGCAUAUUGUCUUUUCUAACAAAAGUCCAGUUUAUCUGAUGCAGGUGGAAUUCUCAUAUAGUCAAAGUUUUCCUCAGCAUGUACUCUGCUGUGAGAUAAUAUGGCAACAUUUUUUUUCAGGUUAAGGCAAUGGUGGUGGGUGGAUUCAAACAAAGAAACAGUAAACUGCAAUUAUGCAAAUAUAUUCCUAAACAAUUGAAAUGCAUAUUGGAUGUGCACACAGUUUACAAUCCCCAAAAUAAAACUAAAGUCCAGUAUUUAACUGUUUUAUCCCUCUUCAGUAGUUAAUUUGGAAUACAUGAGUUUAUGUCUUCAGACAUGGAGUCUAAAUUGUAUCGAUGUGGCCACAUUGGAUGGAUUACUACAUAAAACCCUUGUUUUCUCUAUAUAUAGCUAAAGAAGCAGGUAAAUCCUUCCCCUCCCCCCUGCACUUGCUAUGUAUGUUUGUGGAGGUUACAUAUGAAUAAGGUAUAAUUCCUUAUUUAAGAUAGAUAACUAAUUUCUAAAUGUCUGGGAGAUUGUGUGUGCCGCAUUAAAAUAUAAUUAGUAAUUCUGAUGCAGCAAAUGUGACUUCUUCUAGGUGCAGCAUGCCAUGGAGAUCUUACAGAGAAGCUGAAGCUACUGUAUAAAAUGCAUGUUUUGCCUGGUAAGUAAGGAGAGGGCCAUUCCAGAUACCUAAAGAUUCCACUAACGGUGCCAUUCUUGACCUCCUUAUCAUGAGAGUAAGACCCACUGAACUCGGUGGGCCUUACUUCUGAGUAGACAUGCAUAGGAUUGCAUCUGUUGAUGGGAACUUUGCUAUAACUCAUCCACCAACCAGUAUUGGGAUUUCUAUUUGCGCAUACUAAAUGGGAGGGGUAGCUGUGCUCUGAGGCAUAGCCAUAACUCUGUUUGUCAUCAAAAAGAUAUGCACGGCAGUGCUAAAUGGAAUAAACAUAUAGACCAAAAAUAAACACAUAGCAUUUAGUUACUAUAAAUAACAGGUGGAGACUGUUUUUUGGAUCUUUUUUGGACUCCCCAGUCCCAUCAGCCCCAGCCAGCAUGGCCAAUGGUUAGGGAUGAUGGGAGUUGUAAUCCAGCAGGAUCUGGAAGCUACAGGUAUGCAAUAAUUUGUUGUUUCCAUUAUUAUUAAAACAUGUGCCAUUAAUGUCUAGGGCCCAGCCACAAAUUACCCCGACAUUUAUGUGUUUGCCUUGUGAUGCCCAGCACUGGGCUUCCGAGAACCUGCAUGUUUCAACAAAGAUCAUAAUUAAGCCUUUGUUCAUCUAAAUUGGCACAUAUAGGGACAUCUGUGUCCAAGACUUUUAUAUCAGACAUUUAAGAAGCAUUUCUAUAUAGGAAAUGCUGUUUCAUAAACCUAUCCAUUAGUAAUUUAUUAUUGCCCUGAAAUAGAUUGCUUUUUUAAAAAAAAUAUGUAAUAUCUAUUGGUAGUGGGAGGGGUUUGGCAUUUUUGAUAUGUACAAAUGGGUUGGUUGAUCUGUCCAAGUAUGAUGAUGCUUGAUGCUUCUAUGCGCAGACCCAUCCUCUGAUCAAGAAGAGCCGGAUUCUGCUUUUGAAGCAACACAGUAUUUCUUUGAAGACAUCACACCAGAGUGUACACAUGGUACUGGACUUUACCUCAGAUCUUUCCUCUUUCAUGACUGCAUCAAUUUCCCAAUUUCCCCUUCAAAUAUAAACUCAAAGGUUCUUGCACCCAAAAUAAAACAGAAACCAGCUACAGUUUUCUCUCUAAAUAUCAGGACUGUGGAUUUAAUAAACCAUCCUCUUCUCUCUGGCCUUGUGGAAGGGAAAAAAACCACAUCAGCUUCAUGGUUGGAGUAGUUUAAGUUUCUGGGGUAGAGGGGAGUUUCAGGAGACCAGAAAGGUGUUGGAUCCUUUUGGUGUACCCCCUCUGUGAACAAAGGUCACAGAAAUUUACUUGAUGUGGAGAGGGAAGGGCAUAUCCGAUCACCUUCUCUGAGGUUGUGACUCAGGCUGGGUUCCCAGUUGAGGGUGAGUAGGCACAGAAUGGCGUAUAGUGGCAGCAGAAAUUAGCUUGCUUUUUUUUAAAUUUGAGACGCUUUUAAAAAAAGAUGGUACUCAGAUGAAUUGUGCCAUCGUCUAUGGUAUGUCAUGCCUUCUUGUGUGGAGAGAUUGCAGCAGGAUGCCCACAUACCAAAAGUGUGAUACUCAUCAGAUGUGUUGGAAAAAAGGGGAGCGAUGAAUUGCUACAUGUCUGGAAACACCCUGAGAAGGCCUGGCUGAUACCAGCUUUCCUGGUCUUGUGCUUAACUAAUGUAACCAAAUGUGUAAAUACAGUGUCUCAAAGUGCAUUAAUUUUGUUCUUCCUGUGCAUUAGUUGUUGGCGUAGAUGGCAGGAACAAACAUGGAGCAGAUGAGGGUUUCGUUAAUGUGAGUGUGAAAACUGAAAAAGGUAUGAAGCUAAAUUGGAGGGGAUGGGGAAAUAAUUUUUCGUUAUCCAACUUCUUCCCCAAAAAAUAAUCUUGCUUUUUGGCAAAACAUUUGUGUUAGGUAAGAAGAACUCUCAAGAUAAUAGAAACUACCUUAGAAUGUGGAGCCAAGAGAAUAAAGCCAAAGCAAAGAGUGCAAAGGACUUGCCCAAACUCAAUCAGGUAAGCUUUGUUAAAAAACAAAAAGGUGCGUAAGGUCUCAGUCCCUGUAUCCAGCAACUAAGCAUAGUGUAGGUUGUUGAGUCUGCAAGUAGUGCAUUCUGUAACAUAGGUGGUAUGUUAGUCCCUAACACUUCUAAAUGCAAAUAAAGGAGCCCCUUUCCCACUUCCCCCCAGCUGGCAAUCAGUGAUAAAGCUGGCAGCAUAAGCCAUUUUUUCAACAGGUGAAUGCAUGCAGCAACCCAUACAAUGAUCUGUGGAUCAAAUCCUUUAGUCAUUUUUGAACAAAAAUGUAAGACUUUUAAACAGUGAAUCGGCUUUAUUUUAUUAGCAAGAUUUGAAGAGGGAUGUUGAUAGAAUAUUGUUGAUGUAUUUGAAGUUCAUUCAUAUAGAAGAGAAAAAUGCACAAUUUGUUUGCAUGCACAAUCCUUUGCAAAAAGUUGUUUAAAUUUCAGGUGCAUAAUGAAAUGAAGAUUGGCAGAGAUUUGUGUGAGAGGGAGAGAUAAGAGGGAAGGGAAAGAAUAUGAAUAUAAAGUCAAGACACCACCAAAUCCAAAGCCUUGCUUGUGUUGAGGGUGUUUUCUUCUUUUUUGACCAGUGGUUUUCUUUCUUUCAGAGUUUCCUCUCCCAUUAGUCCCAGUAGCUUUCAAAAUCAAUAACUCCAGCUCCAGGGCUGGUGCACUUUCUAAUCUGUUCUGGGGACAUGUCAGGGACUAGGAGAGUUGUUUAGAUCUAGCACAGGCUUCCUCAACCUUGGCCCUCCAGAUGUUUUUGGCCUACAACUCCCACGAUCCCUAUCUAGCCAGUGGUCAGAGAUGAUGGGAAUUGUAGUCUCAAAACAUCUGGAGGGCCGAGGUUGAGGAAGCCUGAUCUAGCAGAUCCAAAGACGCCUGUGAUCUCACUGACACCCCCUUUUCUUUUGCUGUUACUGCUAUCACAGAUGGCAGAGUGGUGGUGGUUUAUGUGCCCACAACAGGGAGGUUUGCAAGGUUGGAUCUCCUCCUCAUAGAUUGUUUAAUUAGUCAUCCAGAGUUGUCCUACACAGUAGGGGAUCAGGGUGACCACUCUGGGCCCUGCAAUUUCAGGGGUUCCACACCUUUACGUGGAGGCAGCCUCAUUUGGGAACAGGCCCCAAAUGCUAAGUAACACUGGCCAGUGAUUGGGCAGCACCCCUGGUUCACCUGGAUCCCCUUUUACAGCCCCCAGAAAAGCAGGCAUGGGAAGAGGGGUGUGCCUGCAUUCAAAAGUCAGCUGGUGGCAUCGCUUAUUUCCCCCCUCCCCUAUUUCAAAAAGCAAAGUCCCUCCCUCUAAAAAAGGCACAUGUAUGUGGAUGAGAGAGAGAUUGGUAGUUUUGUUUUCUCAACACAUUCACAUUCAACUGCAGGAAUGUGGGGCAAAUCCUGAAGUCCGUUAGUUCACUUAGUGCUUAAUUGCUUAAAGCCAAAGAAUGUUGUAAGUAACCCUAAAGAAAAAGCCUGCACUCUGAAUUUAGUUAACAAUGAAGGUAAUUUCUAGAGUGUACUCUGCUCUUUUCUGUUUUUUAGCAGGAUGGGAAUCCUAAGUAAAAGUAAAACAACUGGUAUAAUUGAAUCCCAAAUGUCUUAAAGUUUUUUGCUGGCCUAGGCAAGUUCAAGAGGCACUUGCAGGGUGUUAGAAGCAUGUUUUGUACGUAUAUAGUUUCCGAGUCAAUCCCUGUCACCUGUUAAAAGCAUUCAGAGUUCUUCUAAUCUAGACAUUUUCUUCAACGACCUGGGAGUCUAGGCUCUCUGCCUUCUGGUUCAAAUUUCAGAGGCAGAUUUUCCCUGUGUAAUACAGUGCACCCAAAGAACAUGAUUUGCAUCAUUAUUUCACCCCCCUAGGGGUGGCUCGGUUGUCACCUAUAGUUACACACAGUUUCCCCUCGUAUACACAUACUUUUUUGAGAUUAAGUCCUGUGAUUAAUAAAUGCCUAACUUUUAAUCUUUUUCUACAUAGCUUAAGGAGAGCAGCUUAGGCUGGCGCAUGCAUUCUUUUGGGUAAGAAUCUGCAGGAAUCUCUGUUGCCAUAAUCUGCCUCAGAAAAGUUUGCUCGAUUGGCAUAAGCACCACAUGCUAGUAACACUCAUAUGAUUUUUUUUUUUAAUGAACUGAUUUUGUCAAGUUUAAAUAUAUGUUGGUAAUUGUUAUUUUGGUAUUACAUGUCCAGGAAUAUACAGAGAACAAUUGUGCCUUUCUCCUUUUCCUUUUCCCAUUAAUCCUCUUGCAUCUCAGUCAAUUAACUGGGAGCACCCAAUACAUGUUGCUGCUGAAGCUAAGCAAAUGUGGACAUGGUCACGAUCUAGAAUGGGAGACAAUUUGGAGCCCCAUACAAAAGUAUAAUAGAUAUUUAAGAAACAAAACCUUGUUCCUCUCUCUUGCAUCUAGGGGCAGUUUAUUGAAUUGUGCAAGACAAUGUAUAACAUGUUUAGUGAAGACCCCAAUGAGCAGGAUCUUUACCACGCUACUGCAGCUGUGACAAGUUUGCUUUUGGAGAUUGGAGAAGUUGGUAAGUUAUUUAGUGCGCAGCCUCUUAAGGAGGCGGAGAGUAGCAGCAAAGCUAUUCAGAACGCACUUCUUCAGAAGAAGGGAAGCCAGCAGUAUCACCUUGGACAACGUGACCCUUUUCAAGAUGGCUUCCUUGCGGAUGAGGAAGAGAAUAUUUGUGGUGAUGGCACACAGAUGGAGGACAUCAAGCUGGAAGAUUCUUCUCCUAGAGACAAUGGAGCUGGUUCUUCCAUGCUUAUUUCAGAUGACGAUACUAAAGACGACAGCUCCAUGUCUUCCUAUUCCGUCCUAAGUGCAGGCUCUCAUGAGGAAGACAAGUUGCAUUGUGAAGACAUCGGCGAGGACACGGUUUUAGUGCGAAGCAGCAACCCUUCUCUACCCAGAAGCAUGAGCAUCGACAGAGACUGGGCUAUCACCUUUGAGCAGUUUCUGGCUUCCCUCUUGACUGAACCUGCCCUGGUGCGGUAUUUCGACAAGCCAGUCUGCAUGAUGGCAAGGAUUACAAAUGCCAAGAAUGUGCGGAUGAUGGGCAAACCCAUAAUAUCUGCAAGUGACUACGAAAUCUCUGCUAUGUCAGGCUAAGUGGGCCCAGGUAGGGAGGGUUUUUAAAAAAAUAUUUUUUUGGUUUUUAUUACAUAUUUAUUACUGCCUGGCACAGGUCCUGGUGUUUUCAAAAGGUGGUAGUUCUUGCUUAUGUGAACAUGUUAUAUUGAACUUUCUCUUGCUGUGGGAAACAUUAUCAGAAUGCUUGUCUUAUCGUCAAUAUAUGGGGGGGGGGGAGGGCAUCAUUGUCAGUGGUGGGUAUGUUAUUAGUAUUGCUAUCCAUGGAUAAAUGGUGACAAUUAGUACAAUUUUAAGUCUAGAAAUGAACAAAGUUUGUGUAUGUUUUAAAAACGGGCCCGAAAUCCUGGUAAGGAAGAAACUGGAAGAACUUAAAAGUGGCAGAAGCAUUGUGUGCUGCAGUGUGCAUAUGGAGUUCCUUUGUCUUUGCCAUUCCCCUUGAGGGAGGUAGCACAAUGUUCACAUGCCUUUGGCUCACGCAGAGCUGCUUCCCUCACUGCCGUGAAUGGGGAAGCAGAAGCUGCUGCAGGCAGGGAGCACCAUGUGUGCACUAGAACCCGAUGCCUGUUACGAGAUUAGUAGGCUGCGCUAAAAAUAGAAAGGGAUGCUGUCAACUUGUUUAGGACUCGAAAGUAAGUUCUGUGCAGCAUCCCUGGUGGAUGUCUCUUGAUAUAAUUUUAUUUUAUUUUUUUUAAAGAGAGGCCAGUGAUUCCUAAUACUUUUAAAAAUACAUUCUUCAGGGAUACCGCCAUGGACUUGCCUUGACACAUGCCAACAUCCUGACCUAAACAAUUCAUAGUACCCCUUUUAAAAAUGAGAGGGUUUUUAAUAAAAUUCUGUAGAUAAUUGUAUGUUGUUGAACAUUUUAAACCUAGUGUAUGGUAGAUUAAGAAUUCAUAGCUUAAGUCUUCAUUUUAAAACAGUUAUUAGCAGGAAUGUAAUGGGGGGGAUUUGCAAGGAAAUGUAACUGAAUGUUUGAAAGUCUUAAUGAAAACACUGUCACUUUAUUAUAGAUGAAUAAUGUAUAAUGUAAUUUACUGAAUGAUACGUUGAAUGACAAAUGGAGCACCUGCACUUUGAAUCUUUGCUUCUUUUUCCAAAACAUUAAAUGGCGGCACAACUCACUUCCAUGGUGCACAUAUUUCCUUUGCUCAGAGGGUUCCAAGAGGCUCAAAGAGACCCAUCUCCCCCCCCCCCCCGGCCAACCUCAAACACACUAUCUGUACGCAUGCCCGUGUCUGGGGGUGGGGCAAAGCUCUGUUGAUACUAUGGGAAUCCUCUGAAUGUGCCUGUGAUAGGACUGGAUUGUGCCUAAUAUUUUUAAAAUUUCUUAGGUGAUUAGGUCCAAAUCAUUCUUACAUGCCUGAACUAUAUUUGCUGCCUUCAAAAAAUCUUUCCACCUCCUUUUUGUUUUUUUAUAUAUUGUAUGUUAUGAUCAUGUAACUUUUCCAGGUGUAUUUUUUUUUAAGCCAAAGCUAUUGCUUUAAUUCUUAUUUAAGAUACUGAACUGUCUGACGUGGUUUUAGCCACAGUAGGUAAAUGUAAUCAAGGCUCUUUUUUGUUUUUGAAAGAGAUAUUAAACUAUUAUCAGAUGG